GGAGAUGUUACCCAUGUCUCUUAGACAACUUCCUAAGGACUGAUCACUGUAUUUAGUUUUACGGAUUUAAAGUUUUGGGGCGAGUCGCGCGCGGCUGCAACUUCAGGACCACCGGCUGUCCAGUGUUCGCGUGGAGAUCCUCUUCACAAAGUCUCAGUAAACGGGAUGUGUCUGUGAUAAAUGACUGGAUUAGAGUGGCUUGUGAGGAGAGGAAUGCACUCGACCGGGGAUGGUGAGUGUCUUUUUUUAUGCUAACUUUCAGACAGAGCAGUGAGAGAAGUUUUUGCUGUGCAGAGUGCUGACUGUGUAGAAUGUGGAGCAUGUUGUCUCACUUAUGAGUCAAACCCAUCUGUAGUCCCAGGCAAUCAAAGAACCAAGUUAACCGAACUUUACUGACAUUUGAUAUUCUCCAUGUUGACAUUUCCUGAAGGUUUCUGAGACAGUGAUAUUAGUUUAGGCCUACCCGAGGAGGAUGAAAGGCUCCAGAAUAACCCCCUCACCUCUGUUUCCAAAAAUGUUUAAAACUGGCUUAGGCUGAAGUUAACAGUCAAAAUAAACUUUGGAUGGUCUGCCCAAGGAGAUAUAUCACUUAAAAUCACUUUUUUAAGCUCAUUUUAAUAGAAUUGUUUUGAUGUGAUGUCACCUGUUAUUAUUAGGGCCACAGAGCAAACGCACGGAGGUACCAUUGCAAUACUUUUUUCUUUUUAGUCUUCCAGACAAAUUUUGGUUUGCUUCUAGUCUUAUAGUCCUUGAAGUUGUAGGAAAAAAAUAUAUAUAAAAAACGUUGGGUUUGAUUAGGAUUGAUGUGUUAUUACUUUUCUCUGUUGUACAUGAAUUUUUCGGGACAUCAAUAAUUUUUGCAUUGAAGCCCAUGGGACAAGCCAAAAAGGAGUAAUCAUUGGAGUUUUUCAAACAUCUACUGCUCAAGCAUACUUUCACCUAGAGACUCCAUUGAAACGAUAAAAUGUAGUCACAGGUCUUGUCUAUUGGUGUAUUAACCCACGUUUUGAUAGAUAUUGUAGUUUUUAAUCUCACUGUUCAAUGACCAUGAUCAUUUUGGGAGAAAUUUUGAGAUUAUAAUGAGUGUUUACUGUGUGGAAUCUACUUGUCAAAGUGGGUGACAUCAUCGGCUAGAGUGAGAGAAGUUUCUUUAAACUGUCUGAAACUUUUCUCUUUCCACGUUCCUCCCAGCCAGAAAUGACACUCUACGCACAUGGUUUUUUACCAGAGUUGGAGGGUGUUUAAACACUUGGUCCCUUUCAGCCCUCUAAAUGAACUCAGAUCAGUGACUCGUCAUUUUUUGUCUGUAUCUGAACACUCCAUCUGUAAUCAGACCCCUUUACAACGAACCGAACUGAGACCACCUCUCAGCACGGUUCACUGAAAAGUCUGUGGUAUGGUUAAUCGAAUCUUCUCAUUGUGAAUACAAAGCGCACCAGGUUCACUUCGCCUUUUUGCACUGCAUUAUAAUUUAUAACCUUGGAGUUGAAGACCAUACUGAAUGUCUUUUGGAAAAUUUGAAUUAUGAGAGCAUAAAAGAACAACUACAUAUGACCCACCAUAAUGCAAAAGUCUUUCAAGAAUUUUCAGAGAGGAUGAAAGUGGAUGGUUUUAAUCAAACAUCUGUACAGUGCAGAGUUAAAGUGGGGGAAAAAAACAACUAAGACAAAAAUACCUUGGCACUCUUGAAAAAAUGCUCCAGAGGACCUAGUGUGAACAGAAAGAGGACUGAGGCCACAUCAAAACUGGACUGAACCAGAAAGAGAACCCGGUCCUCUUUGAAAUAAACUCACAGUGUGAACACAAAAAGAACUGAGUUCCUUUGCUUUUGGUCCACUUAGGGUGUUUUCACACUUGAUCCCUUUUAAAAGAGCCAAACUCAGUCCUCUUCAAGGGUUUUUUUCUCUGAAAAUUCUUGAAAGACUCUCCCAUUUCAGUGGGUCACAGAUAGUUGUGCCUUUAUGAAAUUAAUUAUUUGAAAUAUCUAAAGAAUCUCACCAUAUCGUCCACACCCCAGCAGUAACCCCUAUGGCUGUUUCAAAAUUUCCCAGAGGGAAAUUUCUACCUUAUUCAACUCUUACUUUAACUUUCCUGUCCCUUGUUGCUUUUGUCAUGUAUUUGCUUUCAUCCCCUUCUUAUCUUUUGUAAAAAAAAAAAAUACUUGCAAAUUUUUAUUUAACAUUUCCUUUUGUUAUUCUUCUACUCAGCAUCUUAUUGUUAUUGCUUCUCUUAUUUACUACUUUUGUGGUUGUUAUGUGCUUCAGUUAAUCCGCCUUUAUCGCUCUCAGUUGCCAAUAUUGGUAAUAUUAUUACCUUCUUUGGCUUGUGUUGCUUUACUUACUUUUGGAUGCUUGAACCCUUUUUCUAAAUAUGAUUUUAUCUUCUUUAAUUUCCUCCUAUUUCAUUUGUCCUCUGUUAUUGAUAAUAUUGUCUUAACCCAUUUUUCUCCUCCCUCUCAGCUGUGUUUUGGGUUUCGUCAUCUCUGGUCCUCAGAGUCUCAGAUACUGUGCUGUCAGCUCUUGUGUUGCUUGGGUUCUUUGGUUCUCAUAGUCCUAUAUUUUAUGCUAUGUUAGUUUGGUCAUUUGCUGAGGAUUGUUGCUGGUGGAUUAAAUUGGAAAUACUUGAUGUUAUUGUCACUAAGGGAGCUAAGAGGCUCUCGUUCGUUCAGAGUCUGAACAGAUCUCCCCCUGCAUAAACCCGGUCAGCCGUGUCGAGUCAGUCCGUUCGCUCACGUUCACGUUUGUUCAGCGUCUGAACAAACGUGAACAUGAGCGAACGGACUGACUAACAACCAAUUAACCGAAAUGAACAGAUCUUUUUACUGAAUGAACCAAAAUGAUUCCAGUUCACUGAAAUGAACGGUUUUGCCCACCACUAAAAUCUGAUAGGCACAUCUUUUAAAGUUGGUAGCCUUUUCAUUCAUUGGAUUGUUGAUGUUUCUAUUGUUUCUGUUCGGUGUUUUGGUCAUCAAAAAGAGAAAAAGAUCCUAAAUUAAGUUAUUUGGCUUAGAAAAGGUACAUUUUAUAAAGUAUACUGAAGUUCAUUUUAGUAUCCUUCCCAAAGUAUACUUUGUACACUGAUACAAAUAUACUACCAGUGUAUUUACAAGUAAAUAAUAAUCGAACCAGUGACCACAGCGGGAAACACAGUCCCCAACUUAAUCCACUGAGCUAUCUGUGCGCUGACUCUGAAGCAUAAAUAAAAUUACCUCUUGGUAUGCUAUUAUUUCAAAGUAGUACAUAUUUGUAUACUUGGCUUGUACUGCCUAUCUUUUUCAGAGUAUACUCUGAAAAAGAUAUAUGGAAGUGUUCACUGACCAAGUAUACUUAAAUCCAAGGCACAAAUACAUACUUAAGUAUAUCUUGAUUCUAGGUUUAUGUAUAAGUAUAGAUUAAAUAUAUUUAGACUUUUUGUAUAAUUUUUAGUACAAGCCAAACAUACAUAACAUCAACUUUGUUUAGUAUAUCUCUGAAAAAUGCAUAAAAAGUAAACUGAUAGCAUACUCUGUUGAAAAAACAGUAUACUUGAAGUACACUUCAACAUACUUCUUUUUGGUAAGGGAAUACCAGCACAUUUCAUAAUACAUGCUGCAGGUAACUGCUAUUACUGAUAUGACAGUCUUACAUUAACUGAGUUAUGUCCACAGAUGGAUUUAUGUUCUCAAUGUUAUUCACAAUUUAUUUUAAUCUUUGUCCUUAGUCACUUUACCUCUUGGGAGGGGGGAAUGUUACGACCAGAAUAUAUGACUGUUGUUUCUCCUUGAGCUAAAUCUGAUAUAUCCUCUUAGAUUUAGAAUCUGAGUUUAAGAAAGCCAUUGUUUGUUCAUAGCCACCGAUCAAACCAUACACCUGUAUAGUGGGCGACUGAGGGGAGGUGUUGAAACCAGAGGGAUGAAAGAUGGAGAGACACAGUGAUUGUCUGGAACAAAGUGACUCAGAAAUAGACCUGUGAGGUUCUUGAUACUGAAUUGAAGAAACGGUUUUCAGUUCAUCAGAGACAUUAAAGUAUGGCCUUACAGAGAGUAAUAUUUGAAAAUGGUGAGCCCAAAAAAGACUGUCUUGGACAUACUAAAAUUCUAACGAAGUCUUAUCACAGCUUGUUGUCCAUCACCAUAGCUGACUAUCAUCAAGGCCACAUGUUGUUUUUGCACUGAGACAGAUGGCAAGGAUCAUAAUAGUUCAUUUACUCAUUUUAUUUCAUAAACAGUUUGAUUCUAUAAAAUUGAAAACAACAUUGACUGUCGUUCACUGUAUUGUUUAAAAGAAAACAAGACCAGAUAUGACUCUAAAAAAGUGUUUUUCUAAAAAAUAAAUCUAAAACAAAAAUCAGCCCAUCCAUCUCACAGUCUGUCAACAAGCAAGAGAAAAAGAAAAGAAAAGAAAAAAAAAGAGGAAAAUACAAUGCCAAAGUGUCUCUAUACCAGUAAUCAACUGGUUGUUUUGAUGUAUUCAGUGCUGGGUCUUUUUCAUACAAAGGUAAACUUUGGAAACGGUUUGGUUUGAAAGUGAAGUCUUUGUGUUCCUAUCUGCUGAUCGUCUGUCUCUCUUUCAAGCCGUCUGUAGUCUCACAUUUCAAAUUGGUUCCAUAUGCAGAGCAGACAGACUCGGGUCUGAGCUGCCACAUGGAGGGAAACUCUGUGCCCAUUCCUCUCUUUCCUAUUUAUUUUUUUUCCUCAUCUUUCCUCGCUGUUUCCUGACUGUUUCCUGACUCAUCUCCUUAUUUCUUCGUGUAUUCUGUCCUUCUUUCCUCUCAUAGUUACGAUCUUUUUUUUUUAAUUGGUAUUUCUGACAAAAAGCCUCUGAAGGUAGAAAAAACGAAUGAAUUGUUUCCUGCAUCACCACUCCAGCUCAGUGUAAAUCUCAGGUUUAAGGACUUCCUUGUGCUAGGGUCCAUGUUAAAAUUCAGAGCUGGGCACACAAACCCUCCAGACCCACGUAGUUGGUCUUUGUGUGACAAACAGCAGGCUCUGCUGCUGCUCAUUGUGUUCUCAGCCGGGUUUUCUUGUUUCUCUGCUUCACGCCUGUCCAUGUGGAGGAAGGAGGAGAAAUAGAGGUGCUCUCAUUGAUCAGACUUACUGAGUCUGGGAAAAAUCUUGAAACUUUCUUCCUUCGUGGUUCUUAUUUUCUCUCUCCCACAACAUCUGCAGCUGAACCAGGCGGCACUAUGACCCAGAGCUCUUAAACUGCUCUGAGAUCAACUCUGCUUUCUGAAGCAACUGUGAGUGACUUUCAGUUCAUGUCCAUCCUGAAAACAUUUGCUGAUGAAAAGGUUUGUAUUUUCCCGAUUCUGCCCUCACUAAUGUGUAGCGUCAUUUGUCCUAAAAUCUCACCUCAUCUUUGGUCAAUUAAUGUACUACUUUAUGUUAAUCUUCUGCUGUAAAAUUUUGAGAGAAAAGCUUUUUUGGCAAAAGUGUUUCCUCAAAUGUGCUGACAGACAUUAAAGUAACAAUGACAUUAUUAAUAAUCCUCCAGAUGAAGGGUAGACUGAUUAAUACUGAUACCAUUACUGAUACUCUUAAAUGAGCCAAGUCCUGAUCAGUACUGCUAUCCAGUCUUUGGUUUUACUUCAAAAAGUUGUAUUUAUGCAGAUUUUUCACCAAAAUACAUACCUCAAGAUAGUGAGUUAUCUAUAAUGCUAUAAUAUUAUCUAUAAAGGUUUUAUCUUGUUGAUGCCAACAUUGAUUUCAACACUGGAUUAUGAUUUUCAACUUGCUGCAGCUGCCUUGAGUGAAGACGAAGAUGGAGCAGCAGCAGCAGCAGCAGCGGCAGAGUUGUUUCAGGCUGCAGACAAUCAAAGGGUCUGCUUUUUGAUUUGAUGUACAGUGCUGAUGUGUUUGGCCAUGUAGACUGUUUACCCCCUUGUAAGUUAUUUAUUUUCAGGGUUUAAAAAAAAGCAAUAUAAAAUGGAUCUGGUCAUCCAUCCCCAUCCCUGCCUGUAAUCAUUCUCAGACGGACCAAAAUAAAAUAUGAGAUAAAUGCGAAUGAAAUUCUCUGCAAAAAUGUCAUUAAAUAUGUUGCUAUUUUCUAAAGAUGUGUUUGAAGCUGAACCCAAUAGCAGACCAGAGGCAAAAGAAGUGUUGAAUGAUUUAUUAUCAAUAACGGUGAAAGGAGGGAGGGAAUCAGGGGUGUGAGGAAGCUCUGAGGCGACCCGAGGACUAGUGGCAAGUAAGCUGAGAGGGCAGGUCAGUGAUCUGGUGCGAGAGUUGUGAGACUUGUGAGGCACUGAAGAAGAAAGGAGGAGAUCUGGGGUAAGCAACAGGUUAGCACAAAUAUUAGUGAAUAUACAAACUUGGGACACUUGUAGCUGUUGGUCGUGAUACCAAGAAAGAGCUGAAAUCGUCUGAAGCUGAGGUGUGCUUAAGUGCAGACAGUGAGAAGUGUGAUCAGGUGCAGACUUCCAAAUCUCAAAAAAGAAACAUGCAAAUCACCACAAAAUACUCGCUUUGCCAAAACUGCAACACUAAGACUGUUUAUAAAAACUAGUAAAAUGAUUGGAUCACUAAAUAGAUGAGCCUAACCCUGGAAUAACCGAAACAUACAGAAAAAUGAUCGCGAUUUGAGUUUAUUUCAAACCACUUUGUUUAGUAUUUUGCACAAAAAGCCACAUAUCACCAAGUCAGAAGGCCAUUUUGGUUGUCAGAAGCUUUUCUUGGUUAAUAUUAAAAAGAAAUACCUGGAAAACAAAUAUGCUUGGAUUAAUGGAUGACAUUUUUCGGGAAUUCAUGUGUGUCACGUGAGUCGUUUUUUAAUUAAUCCCGUGAUCGGGACGGGGAAAAAAGCAAUGGGAGCAGGCAGGAGUGGGAACAACAUUAAUAGAUGAUCAUUAUCAGCCGUGUUAAACAACCAGAUGAACAGAUGCGUCCAUUUUUGUAGUCAUCUCUCAGUAAGAGCCAACACUCUUGACCGCGCUAGCAACACAAAAGAACUACAACAGUGGAUUGACUUCCUGUAACCACCGGAAGUGAAAAGAGACUCGGAGCGGCUGCUGGUGUCACUGGGAGCGACUGCCGCUCUGAGUCGGCUGCCAAUUUUCCCUUAAAAUUUUUUAUUUAUUUGUGCAUAUUAUGCACUGCACUUUUACCUAAAAUAAAAAAUGCUACGUGAGAAAAAACAUGUUUUUUCAACAUGUUUGGUUUUAUUCAAACAGAAGCGGGACAGGAGUGGGAGUAAUUUUGAGUGGGAGCUGGAUGGGAGUGGGACGAGACAGGAUUAAUUUUUUUACUUCGGUCUGGGAUUUGAACGGGACAGGAUUUUUUCUCUGGGAGUGGGACGGGACAGGAGUGAAAAUCCGCUCCCGUGUCAUGCUCUAGCUUGGAGCAACUGAUUUGUCAUUUAUUGUAGAAAUGAUUGGUGCAAAAUCAUACCUUCAUUAAUUCCAUGAAAAUAACCCAAAUAACUUUAAAUCUGAGGAAAUGUAAGCCUGACUAUAAACCCAGAGCUCUGACUAUUAUUAAAAUUUUGCCUUAGGCAGCACACAGGACCAGGACAGCACGAAGGCAUGCACACUUACCAACACACAAUCUUCUGCACACAGCACAUACACAUCUAUGUUCAGAUUUAUAGUGACCCAGGGCAGAGCACUUCUGGCCAUGCUGCAUUAUGAAUGAAGUCUCAGCCAGGGUCCCCUGAAAAUCUGCAGCAUCGUGCAGAAUGACCGUAGGGGUAUGGGGGUGGUACACAGGGAUACUAUGGCAACUUGCUCUGUGAUUAAUUAUUUUGAAUUUUCACUCCUAGUAAGGUGCCAGAUUGCUUCAGUUCAGCUAUAUGCACCUUAAUUGUCCAGUGAUGAUAUUCAUAAUGUACAUUAUCAUCUAGUAUCUUCCUGUAUAGAUAACCUUUGCUUUUGACUUGUAAAGCACAUGGCAGCUUUGGGAUGUCUGAUUUUCCUCCAACCUAUUUAAAAAAUUCAUUUGGAGUGAUAUGCAUGUGACACAUAUUUACUUUAAUAUAAGGCAGUGUCUAAAAUGUAUUUCCAGGUACAAAUAUCGUAUUCUCUGGUUAUUAUAGUCCUUGUCAAAUUUCAUUAAAAUCCCAAUGUAGCAUACUAGUUCAUGUGGCUGCAGCUUUAACCGACUAUUGGAGCAUUUUCCGUCUGCACAUUUUUAAACUGUCAAAGCAGCAUGAUCACGUUUAAUUAAUGAAACUAACAAUGACUCAGUCCCUUUAAUUGAUCCCUAGAGCCAGCAAUUGAUUCAGAGCCCAAUAAGGGCUCUCAAUGAAAUGACCUCACUGGAUCACAGCCAUUUUAAUUAAUGUUAUUAAUUACACCUCUGAAAUGCCCACAGGUAUAGAUCCACUGAUGAUGUGUUUACAUGGACCCAUUCACAGCCAAAAAGCAGGGAGCAUUAUCCCUAGUUAUCCCGGAUUUCUCUCACAGAUGGUUGAUUGUUCCUCAUGUAGGGAUUAGAGGAAUCUGUUUGUCCUUGCUAGUUUUCUCCUGGAGGAUGCAGAGUUUGGAUGAACGUAUAACCACCUGCUUUAUCACCUUCAAACAUGGAGUAACAGAUGCAUGCAGAAAAUGGCAAAGCAGCAGUCAAUGAAAAGUUACAAACAAGCUUUCCUGGAAGUUUACGCAUUUGUGUUGAUGUGUACAAAGUGUAGCAUGAAUGAGAAGCUGCUGUCUGAUGCUGUGUGGUGUUGUACGCAUUACAGAACAAUUGGCUGGAGAACAAUAGAAGAGGUUUCAGAGCAGUGACUGUGUUUUCAGAGACUCUUUGCCUCCCACUCAGACUGCUGCGAGUUCAACUCCAGAAGAGACACUGUCCAAAUGGCCAUCUGCUGCUGGUCUCUGUGUGGAGGCAGCUUGUGUAUUUUUGAACACUCAUGAUGUGCAGUGUGACUGGUUUGAGUAAAAUGGGUAGAGGGUGGUGGAAGAGGAAGACAGACAGAGGUAAGGAGAAGAAAGAGAGGAAGAGAGGGGAAUGCAGACAGGGUAUAAACAGAGUGACACAUAAAGGCUGGAAUAAGUGCGGUAACACAGUGCUGUUUAUAGUCUGUGCUGGUUUUACUGGAUGUGUUACAUGGCUCAGUACUAAAAGAUAUUUGCCUUCAGAUCCCUGAUGGCUUUUCUGUGUUCCGUGUCUCCUCAGAGCCUUUAGACAUUGAGAGGUUACCUGGUGAAAAAACGCUGCAGAGUAACAGCGUCGCUCUCCUGUCUCUUUUCUCAGUAUCUAUCCAUCUCUCUCUCAGGCACACAGAGAAAACACUUGCUGUGUGUGUGUGUGUGUGUGUGUGUGUGUGUGUGUGUGUGUGUGUGUGUGUGUGUGUGUGUGUGUGUGUGUGUGUGUGUGUGUGUGUGUGUGUAGGUUGAUCCUCCCCACGGCUUGUAUUUGAGAUGGAACUACCAGGUUGGUUGCCACACAAUAAAAAUUACAAUGGUAAGGGUUGUAUCUUCAGGUGGUUGUGUGGCAAUAAAUCUAGAGUAAGAGGAGGGCCGAGCAGAGUUAUGUGGAGCUUAGCUGAGGAGUAAAAGCCAAAAUGGAAGAAAUAAAGUAAAACUUUGAAAAUAGGAAAGGUGAGUGUGGUGACAGGCAGAAGUCUUUGAAAAUGGUUGUUUUUUAAAUUAUUACAGAUUUUAAGACCAAAGAAUCAGCCAAAUAACUUUUUUUUAACUACAGCACUUAAAGAAACAAAUCACAGGUUGUCAUCUUUGGCUCUUCUGAAGAGAAAGUACUUACUGGAUAGAGAUAAACAGUGGUGUAAAAUAACAUUGAGCAUUCUGCAUGAUGUGACCUACAUGCAGUGCCCCUAAGCAGAGGUAGGAAGGCAGGCUACAUAUGAGCAGGACCAUGAGCUGUUUUUAUGAGGCCAGCUGAAGAUGGGAAAAUACUCAGGAUCACAUCAGGUUUUGGUCCUGACAGAAAAAAAAAAAAAAACAUUCUUCAUUAAGGGAUGGUGUUUAUUCAACUGAAUUAACGUUCAUUUACAUGUGGUUGCUGGGGGUUCACUGCUGGUUUUGGUCUGAUACUAACCCAAACAGCUGGAUCUGGAGUCAUGGUUAUGAUAGGCUGAUCCACGUGCAGGGAUAAAGUGAUUAUCAGCCCCAGUUGAUUAUCUCGCCAAUAUUUGGUAUUUGGAUGAUUACCUUUAACAGUACGGAGGCUGGGAAGUGUCAGGCAAUUUGCAUAUUCAAAACGAGAAAAAAACACAUGCAAACAGCCACAACAUGAACGCAAAUAACGACAUCGGAAGUGAUCUUGCAGCUGAAACAGAAAUCAUUAGAUUAAAAGAAAUUGGAAGUUCUGUAUUUAUAGCACAUGUUUUUGGCAUUGAAAGUAAAGUAAACCUCAUGAAAAUCAGCUGAGAAAUAAGCAAGAUGUGAUUUAUUUUCCAUGUAAAUCUAAUACCUUUAACGGGACUGCUGCAGGCACUAGCACUUCUACACACAGGGUUUCCCCUACUGACGGCCAUGGCAAAAUAAAAGCCGCCACACUUUGAAAGAUAGUUUUUUUUUCUUACAUGGCUCUACCUCAUAUGUAUAUGACUCAUAUGUAGAGUAUACAUACAUGUUAGAGUGUCAACUCACACAGCCCCCCCCCCCCCCCCGAAAAAAAUCACACACAUAUACACUACAGGCCAAAAGUUUGGAAGCAAGGCCAUUACAGGCCUAACAGUUGGGAGUAACUUCAAGUCUUUGUUCACAAUGCUUUUUUUUAAAAUCCAGCAUGAGUUUUAUGUGUUUUGGGAUGUAUUUACACCAUGAUCAGAUGUUGCUUUCAUGAAAAUGCACCAUUUUACUCCAUUUACCUUUAGAUAGACAUUGAUGUUAACAGACCAUUGCUAAAUAUAUGUCAGCAAAAGAUAAUAAGGGCUUAGUUUUAGGGUUGAAAACAUUUGCAAGACUCACAACUUAAAGGGGACCUGGCAUCAAAAUUUCAUACCCAUUUUUAUCAUUUUUUCAUAAUCCUUGAUGUCCUCUGAUCAUGUUUGCAACAUAAUUUUAGCUGAAAAGUUAUUUGAUGGUUUGUUUUAGUAUGCCUAAAAAACCUUACAGGAAAACCAACUGAUUUUGGCUCAUUAACAUUUAUGGUAAUGAGCUUUGCUCUGAUUGGAUCGCUGCUGUGAAGCCUGCUGUGCUCUGAUUGGCUCAGCAGUGGAGGUUCGGAUUUCGGUUUAUCCAUUUUGCUAAUUGUGCUAAAGUAAGGUGCCCAGAUGUCUGUAAUGAAAUCCGGGGACAUUCGGUGCGGCGGCGGGGAGGGUGCAGGGGCUGCAGGGGCUGCGUGAUCACAGACAAAAUCUCGGUGCUAUUUAGUAGCAGCACAUGCCCCUUGUAAUAACCCCCGUAAGAACUGUUGUUCAGGACUGCUUACUUGUGCUUCCUACCAAUUCGGCUACUGUAAUAACCGUUGUUCGAGCCCACACGCAACAUUUUUGCUCUCAUUCAUGAAACGCUUAGAUCUGGGACAUUUUCGGGGACAGCUUUUGCCGGGGACAGGUCAUCCAAUACGGGGACUGUCCCCGGAAAUCGGGGAUGUCUGGUCACCCUAUGCUAAAGGCUAAAAAUGGCAUUAAACCAUAUAUUUUAGACCCCGAGUCCGAAGAGGAGGUGGAAGUUGAAGAAGAAGCCGGAGAUCGCCAGCGGUGUUUUCUCAUUCAUUCUGCCCAGCUUUAAGUUCAUUUUCCCGGCAGUGAACCGAAGGAAACACCGGUCGUUUGGAAGAGACCCAUAGCGGAUACAGUGGUAGCUGGGUCUCGCUCUGGCUGGAGAGUGAUGUUGACUGUGACUGGGUAUGAGAACGAGAGAGUGGGUAUGGCUCACCAAGGACGCGCUUGUGAAUAAUAAUGAGCAAGGUCAGCUCGACGUCAGAAGGACCUGCUUUUUCAAUUGGCCUGGUUUACCCGUUCCUUUAUUUUAAACCUUUACAGAAUGUAAACGACGUAACGGAUGGUUUUCACAUUUACAACAUAAGACAAACAUAAUAUGGACCUUAUCUGACACAAAAAACACACAAAAUUACAUUUUUGAUGGCAGGUCCCCUUUAAGUGCAAAAGCAAAAAAACAAAUCACAGUUGGAUUAUUCACUUCAACUUUUUGACUUUUGAGAGUCUGCAUACAAAAAUCCUAAUAAAUCUCAACUGUGUUCAAACUACCACAAAAAUGGCAAGAAAGAAGCAACUGAGUAAAGAAACAAAAGUACAGAUUUGUACAUUGAGGAAAGAAGGAUACACAGACAGAGAAAUUGCAAAACGCCUAAAGGUGUUUAACAAAGGAGUCCACUAUACUCUGAAGAGACUAGAGGAACCUGGAAGUUAUGAUGAUAGAAAAAGGUCUUGAUGAAAGAGAGUUACUACAAAAGCAGAGGAUAAACAUAGCAUUGUCACCAGUAAGAGAGAUCAGCGAAAGACAGCACCAAAAAUAAGGAAGGAAAUCAACAUGACAAGGUCGAAACCCAUAUCUGAUGAGACGUUUGAGAAAGGCUGGUCUGAAGGGUUGUGUAUCUGCAAAAAAACACUACUUCGUCCACAGAACAAGAAAAAGAGAUAUGAGUGGGCAAAAGCUCACAAAAAUUGGACUUAUGAUGACUAGAAACAAGUUUGCACUGUUCGGUUCAAAACGCAGAGUCAAUGUCCGCAGACAAACUGGUGAACGUCUGAAAGCACCAUGUGUUAGACCCACAAUUCAGCAUGGAGGUGGUAGUUCCAUGGUAUGGGGAUGUUUUGCAGGUGAUGGAGUAGGAGAUUUGUUUGAAGUAAAGGGUGUCAUGAAGAAGGAACAGUACCACUCCAUCCUCCAGCACCAUGCUGCUCCAUCUGGACUCAGACUUGUGGCUCAUAAGUUUGUUUUGCAGCAAGACAAGGACCCUAAGCACUCUGCCAAGCUCUGUCAGGGUUACCUAGACAAAAAAGAAGAGGAAGGUGUUCUUCAAAAGAUGGUUUGGCCCCCUCAGUCUCCAGACCUUUCUCCAACUGAGCUUGUGUGGGAUGAAUUGGAUUGAUCAGUCAGAAAAACACGUCCCAUGAAUCAGCAGUCUCUUUUUAAUGAACUUAAGAAAGCUUGGAAUGCAAUCCCUGGAACAUACCUUAAAAAAUCUUGUGGAAUGAAUGCCAAGCUGUUGUUAAAGCCAGAGGAGGUUACUUUACACAAUAGUCAUGUUUAUUGUGUUGCAAAUUAUAUAUAUGAAACUAUGAUCUUUUUCUGUACAAAUCUGCUCUUGCUUCCAAACUUUUGGCCUGUAAUGUGUUCAUAUAUAUAUAUAUAUAUAUAUAUAUAUAUAUGUAGUACAGGCCAAAAGUUUGGACACACCUUUCCAUUCAAUGUCUUUUUUUAAAUGACUAUUUACAUUGUAGAUUAUCACUGAAGGCAUCAAAACUAUGGAUGAACACAUGUAGAAUUUUGAACUGUGAAACGUGUGAAAUAACUGAAAACAUGUUUUAUAUUCUAGUUUCUUUAAAGUUGCCAGCAUUUGCUCCUGAUGAUAGAAGUACUUAGUCACGAAGUAACCCUGACAAGGCACACCUGUGAAGUAAAAACCAUUUCAGGUGUCUACCUCAUGAAGCUCAUUGACAGAACAGCAAAAGUUUGCAGCACUAUCAAAAAAACAAAGGGUGGCUACUUUAAAGAAUCUAAAAUCUAAAACAUGUUUUCAGUUAUUUCACACUUUUUUCUUACGCACAUGAUUCAUGAUUCCACAUGUGUUCAUUCAUAGUUUUGAUGCCCUCAGUGAGAAUCUACAAGUUAAAUAAUAAUGAGAAUAAGGAAAAUGCAUUGAAUGUGAAGGUCCAAACUUUUGGCCUGUACUGUGUACACACACACACACACACACACACACACACACACACACACACACACACACACACACACACAGAGUCUGGAGAAGUAAGUAAACUUCAGUUCACAAAACAAUAUAUAUAUAUCAAAAAGGAAUUUCGGAUUUAGCUGCAAGAUUCUUCCCUUAUUUGCAUCUGUGUUGUGGCUUUUUGCAUUUGUGUUGUGGCUGUAUGCAUUAAUGUUUUUUUCUUUUGCAAAGUGUUUUGGAUAUGUAUAUCGCCUGACACGUCCUGGCCACCAUAUAUCAGCCUGUUUUUUUACUGAUGGCAAAGUUUAUGAAAAACAGUGUGCAGCUUUGCUCUGCUUCUGAUAUGUCUUAUGAACUAAUAAUACCUAUCAGCUCUACAAAAGCAAUACUGGUUGGCCCCUAUCCAUGAGGUCAGUUCAUAACACCAGAAACAAAGACAGUAACAGAUAAAAAUAUAAUCACCAACUUCAUCAAACACAAUGUCAAAGAAAAUGAAAAGUUCGACUGAACUACAAGGCACAAAUAAAGCUCCCAACUUUCUCAGAAACUUCGCAGUCAAAGUAGUGGAAGACAUUACACUCAAUCAUUAUUCAAUCAUUACUCCUGGGGAGACCCACAGACCCUCCUGAUGGUUCAAACUAUAUAACAGUAAUUAUUUAACCGCUCAAUUAUAUUAACCAAGAGCUAGUCCAUGCCAUUAGGGAUCAGCAUGCCCCAGCUGCCACCUGCAUUGCACCAGAAUCCAAUGCCUACCAGUGGGGGGCCCACAGAGUGGCUACUUCACAUUAUUUAUGUGAGCUGCACCCUGCAGGGCUCUAUUGAGGAGAGCUUGGCCACAAGACAUUUGCUGUCCAGCACUGCUACUGGCUCCUGGAGGUUAUCUCUCUUGUGGGGGAGGUGGCUUUUUUACCUCUUUGCUAAUUCAUAGGGGUCUUUAGUGAAUCACUCUUAGUCUGGACUAUAGACUGUAUAUCCUAUGGACAACUUGGUUCUGCCUACCGCCUAUAUAGGGAUUUGAAGCCAAAAAGCUCUCAGUAUUUCCGGGAUUUUUCUUCAUUUCCUGAAACCAGUGCUGUGCAGUAGCGAUGCGUGCAUUCAGGCGCGCGGUCGCUGAGAGAGUCGCUGUGAUGACACUCGUCCCACUCCUGUAGAAUGACUCCCACUCCCAUCCAGCUCCCACUCAAAAUUACUCCCACUCCGGCCCCGCUCCCAUUUGAAUAAAACCAAACAUGUUGAAAAAAUGUUGCAUUUAUUAUUUUAGGUAAAAGUGCAGUGCAUAUAAAAGGCAUUGCCAUAAGUUUUACAUGCCUGACAUUCGGUCGGUGUAAACAAAGUGCAUAUAUAUACAGUGGCGGUUCUACACUAAAUUACUCCCCGGGCGAGCCCCCCUCCAAGCCGUCUGAGCUGCGCCUCUGAAAUCCUGAGGGCCAUUUUGAGAAGGGCCCCUAGAUCCUGAGGUUUUCUUAACUGUUGAGGUUUACAAAAAAGCUGAUAUCUCAGCCUUUGUCGCAGAUAGUUUCUCCUCCAAAGCUGCUCUCUGCCUCCGUCAUUUUUUACUUUACUCAUGAAGCACGUAGCAAGAUCUGAGCAUGAAUCCGAGCGCUUUAUUCGCCUAUCAGAGGCAGACGGGUAUGGUGAAUUGAUUCGCCACGACUCCAGAAAUGAUAAAAAAUCUACAGAAUGUCACAAAAUGACGUAUCCGCACUCCUGGCUUGACGGGUAGAAAUGCGCAGCCGCGCUCCCGGUGGUGACAGGAAGUCAAACCACUGUUGUAGUUCUUUUGUGUUGUUAGCGCGGUCAAGAGUGUUGGCUCUCAGUGAGAGAUGACUACAAAAAUGGAUGCAUCGUUCAUCUGGUUGUUUAACGCGGCUUAAAAUGAUCAUCUAUUAAUGUUGUUUCUGCUCCUGUGCUUUUUUUUCCCAUCUCGUCCAGAUCACGGGAUUCAUUAAAAAAUGACACCCAUCCCGUGGGAUUCCCGCGGGAAUCAUGUGACCCACGGGAAUUCCCGAAAAAUGUCAUCCUCUAGGACACAUAAACCUCUUCACAUCAAUAAAGAAGGUGAUCUUCCGAGGCACUGGGAUGGAGUGCAGCUGAGUGCCAAGUGGAUUAGGAGUUUGAUUAGGUGUGAUUUCAGUUGGACCAAUAUAUUAAGAUGUUUUUUAAAGUCCAGUUGCAGUUGGACUAAUGCAAGAUACAAUUAUUUUGCUGUGUCCCCUCAAUCUGCUCUCACUUUCUCUUUAUUCUAAACAGCUCAGAUCAACAAGAAUCAAAGUUUUGAAGCACUAAGAAGUUGGAGAGAGAAGAGCAGGGAGAGAAGUUGUGUGUCUGAAAAGCCAAAGGACAGGAUGAGUGUAACACGGGAGGCUGUAGCAAUCAUGAGUGCUAAAAACCACCCAUUUAGAAAUGGGUGACAUUAUGUAAGAUCCUACGAAAUUCAAGCACAUGUCUUGACACUACAGAGGACACUGAACAAAGGCUGGAAAAGACAGAAUGAUUUCUUAGAUCUGCAGCCUGUGGCAAAAUGUAAGUGGUGAAAGAGCUCAAAUCCAUAAACUUACUGAUUUGAGCUCUUGUACCACUUACAAACAAUUUGUGAUGUAAGCAAAAUGUAAUUAGAAAGAGUAAAAGAAGGUUUAAAACUGUAGCUUUACCCACAUGGACCUUAUGAGGAGUUUGAGUUUAUCCUGCACCGCCCUUGGUGGAAUCAUUUAAAGCAUAAUCCAACAACCAUCUCACCGUCUUCUGAACAUACACUACAGUUAUAUCCUGUUAAAGGAUAAAUGCACAGCUAAUUGAACUGAACAGUCCUAGUGCAGAUGGAGCAGGCUUAAUAUAGGACUCUAAACUAAUACAGGAACUGCCCAAUGAAAAAAAACAACUAUGACACUAAAAGACCACAGACCUAGAAGAAGUGUUCAGAUACUGGUUUGAAUGUCAGUUACUAUGGCAACAAUACAAGCUCUUGAGCACUUAGUCCUGCCCUAGUUUUAUUUUUGUCAGCAAUUGAUUUUGAAAUGUCACGUCGAGUUGUCUUCCAUUGCUCUCUGAAAUGUUCUUUCUCCGGCUGCACCUUCCUGUGAGGAGAGAGGAAUGUACAAUGGGAAACAGAUUCAACCACAUGUGCACUUCCUUUGCAGCCAUAUGGAGCAAGCAUUCUUUCUGCUCAAAAGUAAUUACUUGCAGAGUUGUGGCCUGGUGUCUGAGCAUCAUUCUACACACAGAAACCAGGAACAUAAAGCAUUGAAUCCUUUAUUCCUGUGCCAAAGAAGAAAUAACAUCAAGUCUGCUCAUUCACAGCAAAGCUUUUCAGUUGAAGGUGAGAUUGGUUCAGCACUCUGAACAGAGAGAGAUGUUUUGUGGUUGCCUAUGAUACAUUUUUUUAUUAUGAGGUGGCUUUGGGGAAAUGGGAAACAGCCAAGGCCAGCGAAAAGUGAUUCAGGGUUUUUCACAGGAUGACAUGUUUUGAAAUAACCAAGAAAUGGUCCCCAAAAGAAAUUGAGGAGCAGUUCAAAGUUAAAAUUAAUCACCACGUGAAUUCAGGGAAGAAGACGCUGGUUACAAAAAGCAUUAAAGUGUGUUGAGGGAUGGGACUCAACCCAGAGCCUAUAGGGAUAGUUUAGCCUGACAAAAAUAGCCUACUCUCUGACUAAAAAGCACUACUUCAGAUUGAUGGUAGCAGCAAACAGAGGACUGUACUCUUGGGCUGUUUGUGCCUAUUUCAAUGAUGCCUUCAUCAUGAGGAAACUCAGCACUGAAAAACUGCUUUUAGUGAUUCUGUCAGCAGUCAUCCUCAGGUCUAUAAGCAUAAAAAAUGUUUUUUUAGGGUUUAUUUAUUGGAAACCAAUAUGAUGUACAUCAAUAAACUGGCAACAGCCAUCUGAUUCAAGUAUCAUUGUGUUUAUCGUUGAUGCUAAUUUAAAACAUCUGGCCUUAAGAGGACUUAAGUGAAAAUUAAAAACAAAUACUGUGAAUUGAAAGGGAAAAAAGAAAGGGUAAGAUGGAUAAUGCAUAAAACCAACCAAGGGGAGUGACUCAAGCUAAAAGCUCACGUUGUAUUACACAGCAACUGCUCCAGCUGUCCCUCUAUCUACUAACACUCUCAAACAUCAGACUUCUCAUACACAUUUAUCAUUCCAAUUACAGAAUCUGUACUAACCUAUGUGAUGUAUACAGACAGAUCCACCCCCCUCACACACAGGCACGUUGGCCAGCUAAAGGCUGGAUAGUCCUCUGUCACAGAUCAACUGCUAAACUGACAUCUGAAGGCGGACAGGUUACACAGACAAAACACACACAGACACAGACACACACACACACACACACACACACACACACACACACACACACACACACACACACACACACACACACACACACACACACACACACACACACACACACACACACUCAUGAAGUAAGAAGAUGGCUGACAGCUGCCACCACUAACCCAGAUCAACAAAUAGCACCAGAUUGAUCACAUAUGUUAUAUUAUUAUUAAGACUCUCCACAAUAGUAAUGGCCAUGGAAUAGUUUUUGUGUGCCACCUGCUGUGUUGUCCCUGUUACAUCCUACGUGCAAAAAUGCACUUUAACUUUGGUUAAAAUUACAGGUGCAUUAUUCAGGAUGGAUGAAUUUGUGCACUGUUCAUGUACUAACUGACUGACUGCAGGGACUCCAUUGCUGUGGUGCAGUGCAUCCAUUACAUGUUAUUGUGCAGUGGCUUUAUAGGCAUAACAUUAGACUCUCAAAUGUUUCUUUGAACAUAUUAUUUCACCUCAUGAACUGAAGUCAUUGAACAGUGUGAUGGUCCUGGCCAGGUCAGCUUCGCUGGAUAAUUUAGCAUGAUUUUCCCUUCAAAUCAGGUUUCCUAGCACACCUUUUAGCCUUUUAUUUAGACAUAUGUUUGACCACAUCCAUGCUAGAUGCUAAAAGUGAAAGUACAGCGGAGUGUAUCCAGCUGUAUUCAGCCGUUUAUUGGAUGUGCCUGCAGUGACCCCACCUCCAGCAAAGUGCAAAGUGAUUGGAUUAUUGCUUGCAGAAGUGCUUUCCUCAUCCAAGUACAUGGACUUGCAGGCACAUAAACAAUUUCAGGAAGGAGUUUAUUCAAUAGAAGCUAGAAGCACAAAUUACAGGCAUGUAUUCAACUGUAGAUGCCAUACCAACCAGUCCAAACAGGUGAUCUUUUUAAUCAGUCUUUCUCCUAGACCUUUUUGUCAACUUCAUUUCUGUAGAUCAGUUUUCUUUAUGCAGCUGCAGCAUCAGAUACAUACACUUCUUCUCUCACAUGUACUAAUUCUGGAAUCAUAAAUCUGUGUUCAAGCAAACCCAAUCAUUCAUGUCAAAAUAGAUUUUAUUUCACCAACCUUUAAACUCCUCCAUUCCCAGAUAUUUCUUCUAAAACUGGCUCCAGCAUGCAGAUUGAACCUGCAGACUUAAUCAUUCUUUGCCGAUUGAAUUUUGACAAACUAAAUCCACUUUUUAUAAUAACCUGCAUCCUAUCAGGAAAAAAAAAAUACAUACUUGUCUCUGCCCCACAUCAUCAGAUAAGCAGUAAGUGGCCAAGGGGUCUUCAGUCUCUAAGUUAUUAUUUGAAAAAAAGCUUACUUUUUUCCACUCUUUGGAAAAUUUGGCAUCAUGAGUAUUUGACUUUGCCUAAGGACAUUGGCAGUAGAAUAAUUUGACUGUUGUAUUUUGAUCUACCGUCUGUUUUCAGAGGAUAGAGUUGCUGACAGGAGAGUUGUGCAGAGGUCUGCUUUCAUUUCUCUGAAGAGGAAGAGCAGUGAAUGGCUUCUUCUGUGUAGAACUUUACAUUAGCUUCUGUUCUCCCAGGACUGUAUUGAAAUACAUACAUCUGAAUGCAAUAAGCAGAGACAUGUCCUGAGGAUAUGCUGACUGUUUUCACACUGUACAGUUAGAUGUAUUUGCUUGUUCAUGCAUGUAAUUUCCAACAUGUUUCAUUUCCAGCCGUGUGAAUAUGAAACUGUGUGUGUGUGUGUGUGUGUGUGUGUGUGUGUGUGUGUGUGUGUGUGUGUGUGUGUGUGUGUGUGUGUGUGUGUGUUCAGAUCACAUAACCACAGCUGCUCCAUUGCACAUUUAUCCAUUUAUCUGCCUCAGGCAUGUUCAGCCAUGAGCUUUUACAUUAUUGCUGACUUCUCACUUUCAUACAUGAUACAGUCCAUGUAUAAAACCAUGUUAUGUUGUGUUUCAUGGCUAAAAAACUGAACUGAGUCAGAUGACUUUGGCAUAACAUCAUGCCUAGCUCUCCCUGCAGCCUGUUAAAUCGACGUGCAAGUGAGACUACACAAGGCAAUGUAAUGUCUGUUUGGUAUGAAUCAUAAUGCACCAAUGAAAAGAUGUCCACCAUUUUUAGAAGCAGGGUCUUUGAAUAUUAUGUCUUCAUCAGUGAGCUGAAACUGUGUCAAAGGGAUGCAAUGUGAACGGUGCUGAUAAAUUUAAAUCUGACUCCUUUAGAGCUUUAACCAGUACAUAGAUGAAGCUUUACAUUCAAAAUGCUAUUCUGAUUUAAUGAGAGCCACACUCCUGUUAAAGGUCAGCAUACAAUUAUGAGUCAAACAAAGAUCACAUCAACAUCCCUGUUUCUCCAGGGCUUUGAUUAUUUGGUUUACAGCAGUAAAUAGACAGCGGAUGGAGGACACCUUUUCAGGAAUGCAGUGUGUAAAUUAUAGUCAGUUUUAAGUGCAGGGGUGGGGCAAAAACAGGAUCCAGAAAAAUGAAGCGAAAAAUCCUAGGCUAACUAUUUAUAUCUGCUCGGUCUCUGUUCCAUGUACUUAACUGACUGACACUGAUAAUUAGGUAGAGUUUAAGCUGAUUUCCUGAGAAGUAAGCUGAGGUUUUCAUGCUGCGAGGCUCUCAGGGGGGCACAGAGGGAAGGAUGUGAGGCUAUUUGCAUUAAGUGUUUUAUUUAGAGUUUUAACACGAUCAUAUUUGAACACAUAUUUAUCGUAAAAUCAUUCUGGGAUUUAUUGUGAGUAAGAGUUUUUUAUUUAAAACAACACCCAACCAUUAAAUUAACACAAAUCCUUCAGAACUUGCCGUACAAUAAUCCUGGUUUAUUUAUGUAUCUCCUUCAGGGUGCCGUACCUCAGAAAUCAUACUCCUGAUUAUUGUAGUGAAUGUUGAUUAGUUAAAACUAUUAUCCAACAUUUGGCAUCUGCAUCACAGACAUUUACACAUCUUGAAGCCUCUUUAAAUGUAAAAACUCAAGGAGAAAAAAAGCUUUCUUCACAUUUCACAUCUCUCUGUCUAUCUAGGGAGUAUCUGCCAAAUACAAGAUCUGAAAGGGUCAUGUCUACAAGUUGAGCACGGUUUGGCCUCAUGAUGAUUCCACCAUGACUGAAGACCCUCUCAACUGGGGCACUUGAUGCUGGUAUAAUGAGCUCUCAUUGCAACUGGAAAAAGUGCACGAAGGAUAUUCCUAUUUGUGUUGUAUCCCAAAAGGACAGACAAGCCUGCCCACAACUAAGAGAGAGCACUACAGACUAUAGAUCAUGCUUCCCAGGAAGCACACUUGCUUUUUCGUUUUCUCCGAAUAGUGGUUUAGUGAAAAUACACAGGGAAGGACAGAGCUGAUGGUCACAAUUUUCUCACCCUGAGUUUGUUUGUUUGAUCUGUCUAGACAGGCUCUAGUCAAGUCAAAGAAGACCAUUUUUGCGGAUGAUACUACUGUGUAUGUACCAGGGUAUUCAUGUGUAGAGAUACAGACAUCACUACAGCAAGACCUGGGAACAGUUAAGGAUUGGGUUGAUAUGAACAAACUUCUACUGAAUGUAAAGAAAACAAAAGUAAAGUAAAGUUGAGUCUCAAGUCUUUAAUUUUUUUGUCAAGUCAAGUAACAAGUUGUCAGAACAGGGACUCAAAAGGAGUCCCCAUCUCUGCUCAAUAUAGAAGUAAAAACAGUGACCGCAAUCAGUUUCAGGGUUUGUUAAUAUCACAUUGCGGGUUCUAAAUAAUUCCAUUUUCAACUGCUUCUCCCAGUAUUUUGUGUGUUUUAAUAAUCUGCAUAAAUUCUGCAUAUUCAUGAAGGCAAACUCACUAAAUGGAUUGCGCACGCUGUUUGCUCUUGUGACAGAUGCCAUCAUUGGUGCACCCGGUUAGUAAAUCAGCUUUGCGCGCGCUAUCAAGUUUGCAUGUGUUUUGUACACGCAAACCUUUAGGAGAUCAGGCCCAUAGACUGUAUUUAAUUAUGAUCCUAAACAAUUCUGUCCCUCUACUUUUCUGUCACACAGAAACACACACCUGCCUCCUUCUGCUCCUCUCCCUGCUCUCCUCCUCCUGCUCCUCUCCCUGCUGUUCUUUCUCUUUCUACUCCUCUCCGUACUCUCCUCCUGCUGCUCCUCACCUUUCUCCUACUCCUACUCCUCUCCCUGCUCUCCUUUCUCCUCCUCCUACUCCUCUCCCUGCUGUUUUCUCUCCUCCUCCUGCUCCUCUCUCUGUUCUCCUUUCCUCUCUUGUCCUCUUGCUCCUACCCUGCUUCUCUUCCUGCUCCUGUCUCUCCAUCCUGUAGUUAAAAAAAAAGGCACAGCAUGAUGUUGUGUUUUUUUUGAUCCUAUGAAGUGACCAUCAUGACAGACAAAAAUCCUGUAGUCUGACUUUUAACACACACAUGAAUCUUAGAAGCACUACAUACAGCAUCUUUUGUGCACAUCAACCACUCCUCAUGCAUGUCCCAAACCAUCAACUUAACGCAAAACAGGCCUGCUCUGUGGAAGGGAAAGCACUCCUUAUAUCAUUUUAGGAGGCCAUUCUUUAGUUGGUUUAGUAUUUAAAGUUACUUCUCUCUGUGGAAUGGAAGAGGGUCCGACAGGAAUUGAUGCACACGUGACGACUUAAAACAAGUCAAAAAUUGUUGUUGUGCUCACACUGUGCAAGUAGAAAUCAUUGUUGGCACAUUGAUAUUAAUGAUCAUUUGAAAUUUCAGCAGCGGCAGUGCAUGUAGGUGAAUGUAGGGGAAACACUGGACUCGCAGCCAUAGUGCACACAGAGCAGAAUAACAAACAAAAAUGGCUGAACGUGGUAAAGAAGACGUUUCUGAGCAGCUCCUUGCCAAAUGAAGCUCCACAUGAGGGAUUUCCUUCAAUAUUGUGGUUCAGAUGAUUGCAAUCAAGACAGUAGAUUUGCUCCUACUGGUCACUCUGUGCAAUAAGAGUUUUUAACAAAUGUAGAAAAUGUUUUCACAUUUGAGACUUGUUUGAUGUCAUUAGUUUUCUCCAUAAUCUACCACUUUAACUUGUGGUUAAAUAUUGUAUUUGACUUCUCCAACUGGUGUUUUUAAGACAAAAUGAAUAAAAUAAAAUAUAGAUUGGAAUUAUUGUAUUUUUUAUCGGGACUUUUAUCAUUAUUGCCAGAAUGGCAAAUCUCAUCGUCCCUAGUGUGUGGAUAUAAAAGUGACCUUAAAGUGCAUGCUCUAAUGGUGAUGAUUUAGUGAAGCAUAUGCUCUGAAUGCAAUGCUGUCUUAGGGUCAUCUAAAAGUAUAAAUCUAAGCAUUACACAAUAUAAAAUGAUGCUGGAUAAAGUCUCACGCAGACCAAAGGUGCUCUUGUUUUGAGUCAGAGUCUUGAACUGCAUGAUGAACAACUCUGGUUACCAAGCAACAGUGUAGGACAGUGGAAAAAUUCAAAUUGUGUGCACUGCUAUCUAAAAAUCAGAAAAAAAGGGAGAGGAAAGAAAGAGGGGUUAGUUGUAACGACGGGUUUUCUUGAGGGACCAGAGGCAGGUAGCGGAGGCAGAGGAAGCUUUAAGUGAAUUUAUUGUAAUGAAUGAUGAAGGAUGGUGUGAGGUCUGGGGUCCAAGGAGUUGCAGGGGGAUCUGUUGUGAUGGGUGAGGCGGUGUGUGAGCUGAAGGAGACAGCAGCUGAGUGGUUCAGGAUCGAGAGUGUGGCAGUGGAGGCAGAGGUUGGGCAGACACUGGUGGCUUUAGGAGGCACUGGUGGAGAAAGGAGGACAACAGGGAUUAGUAACUUGCAAAAAAUUCACUAGAACACUCUUUUUUCAAUACAAGAAAGAGCUGGCCGUGAUACCGCUGUGAGAGCAGGAAUAAUCUGGCGAUGAGCAGUCCUCAGAGCUGAGCCUAAAAGCAGGUGGUGAUUAGGUAAUCAGAUGCAGGUGUGGAGGUGCAGGAGGAGCCAGUGCCGCUGAGGAGCUGCCCAACCUCUGUGAAAAGAAGGGGGGGGAAACUCCACACACACUCAAAAUAAAAACACUCCACAGAGCCAUAAAAGUGUCCAAACCUGCAAAAUCAUGAAAUUGGUGGACACGGGCCCUAAUUUAAUUUUUCUCUUUUACUUGGUUAAAAUCUAACAGCAAUUUGACAGAUUACCCAUUUUAUUGAAGAGCAAAAAUCCACAAAACAUACUUGAAAAUGAAGUCUGACAAGACCAGUCCUUAUCUCCUGUUCUCUGGGCUGGAGUGCUCAUUCUACUAUUAAUGAGGAAACCUCGAGGAGAAGAAGGAGGAGGAGAAGAAGAAGAAGGAGAAAAAUGAAAAAGAAGAGAGAGAAGGAGAAGAAGAAGACGCAGCUGCUCUUCCUGGAAGGCUCUGCUCAUUUAUUUUUCAUCUUUCAUGUGUUGUCAUCAUCCUCUGACUGCAGCAGAAAAGAAAGGGAGCAGUUGGUGAAUGCAGGCGACAUCUCGGAACAGCAGUUUGCGUUUGCAUUUCUUUUAUCCUCUGUACGUCCUUCUCCUGCGUGUGUGUGUGUGUGUGUGUGUGUGUGUGUGUGUGUGUGUGUGUGUGUGUGUGUGUGUGUGUGUGAGAGAGAGAGAGAGAGAGAGAGAGAGAGAGAGAGAGAGGAUCUGACUGGUUUCAUUACGGUCCUCUACUUGCUGAUAGGCUGGUGUUGACAGCUAAGGGACACACACAUGCACACACUCGCAUACACCUCGUCACAAUCCCCCAAGUUAUCCACUUUGAAUCCUCUAGGAUUUUUUUCUGUUUUCAUUUCCUAUCAUCUUUUUUCUUCCAAACUUUUUCAUUUUCUUUUUUACAAUCAUAUUUUUAAUGGAAAAAAAAAAGUUUUCAAUUAUUUACUGACACAAAGUCAAUAAAUUUCAUCUUUAUAUUGUCAAGCAAACAUCAGUACGGUAAAAAAGAAAAGUGUAACAGCAAGCAUGCCUCUUCUCAUACAGCCAACUUUAUCUUUUCACAGACACUGGAUCGAUACUUUUAAUUUACAAUUUGGGAUGAUUUAGGUCGGUUUAAGCUGUAAACCAUAUUUGAGCAUUGUUUGUUGCAAAAACAACACUUCAAUGAAAGGGAAACAAACGUGAGAUAUAAUAUUUAUGUUGAUAGUCUUGCAGCGUCUGGGAGUGAUGCGUUUAGGGCAGCCUCAGAUAAAAAAAGCCACAUAUGGGAGAGCAGGUAAAAAAUUUGAGGACUUACCAUAGAAGGUAACCCCAAAACUGCCCAGCACGCAUCAUAAAAAUCUCCUGGAUUUUAUAAUCCAAAUGUUGGCAGGUACGGUGUAACAGCCUUCAGUGUUUGCAGGUAAUUUAUGGAGAGCAAAAGCAGGUGUAGCGCAAGCUGCUGUAAUGACUGCGCUUCUUCCAUCAGCUGUACCCUGAAGGCAAAUGCAAUCAACAUACAAAUGCAGCCAUAAAAAAAUGUGAAACUGAGAAAUCUAUCUCACCAUCAAGAAUACAUUAAACAAAAUUGAUAUCGGCUCUAACUAAAAAACAUGGUGCCCUCAUGUCUGGAGAAAGCAGUGAAAGUGUUUCCUGUCUUUAGGCAUGAUAAGUGCAUCAAAACUGCUCUUGUAAACGCCCUCUGAAAGGAUCAAACAUGACAAAAUGCCCUCCGGUUGCCCUUGCAGUAUAUAAAGUGUAAAAAUAGUGCCCUCAGGAUGCCCCUUGGAGAUGUAACCAGAGAACAGUUCCCUCUGGAUUCUCAUACUUGUGGCUAAAAUCUUAAACUAUGCCCAUCCUGUAAAAUUAAAAGAAAUAAAUCAGAUGUAAUAAGGAGCCGUUUUUGUGAUCGUAAUUGACAAUAAUGUAUCUUUGGUUGAUAUGCAGCUUGUACAUUUUCUACUGUCAGAAGUUUUUUUUAUUAUUAUCAUUACUUUUAUAUUGGUGUUUAAUUGUUUAAAUAACUAUAUUCUAUCAUUGAAUUUACUUCAGACUGCCCAGUUUUGAAGUCAUCAUGUCAAAAAACAACAAACCUUGUAAGAGUCAGGGUGUGAUGUAAGAAGCAGAUACAUUUUUUGGAAUUAUGCUAUGUUUCUCUCUUAUGUAACCAAAUUUCUACCACAAAACCUUGCAUUAUUAUUAUUCUCCAGUAUACAGGGUAUUACUCAUUAAAUAUUCGAAAUUCCUGGCAGAGGGCUAAGGUUUUCAUAGUUUUAUUUUCAGAUUUCAUUUUGGCCUGUUCAUUAUAUUUCAGGUUUUUUUUUAUUAGUUUUCAAGGCUGAACUUUUAGUUUAGUUUGUUACCUCUUUUUUUUCUACCAUCACAUUAUCCUGACCUGAGUAAGAUAGCAAAUUAAUGAGUCUGUAUUAUAACACCCACAGACAUGGGUUUGUGUCCAUAUUGUAAUAGAACCUGCUGAGCCCAAGGUGACUCUGAGCAGACUCUCUAAAAGCAGGUUAGAAGUGCAGUCUUUGGUUCGGUUCAUGGUGUGGAUUCACACACUUUUUGAGGCACUUGGAGAUGGAUCUACAGCCCUCUAAAGAUAUCACCGGUGAUCAGUGCAGGGGAUGGAUGCCCCACACUAGGAGACCUUUUUCUCCAGAGUAUUGAGGAAAAAUUCUCUGACCAGAAGAGACUGACAAAUGUCUACAAAGAUAGUGUCAUGUAGACUGCUGUGAAAAGGUACAGGUUUUGGGGUAUUUUGUGGCAGUCAUAAUUGCAACAUGAUUUGUGGCUAACAUGCUUACAUUUUGACCAGCAUUGCUCAAAUGAUAACAGGAUAAAUUUUAAUUAAGCCAAUGCAUUGGCAAAAAACAAGGUUUUGAAAAGUGACAAUACAGUUAAAGUUUAGAAAAAGUCAGGGCUGUUUCCAGAAAUGAGCCAGAACAGUUGAGAAAACUGAUCCAAACACAUUUUAUCUACAAAGAUCCCACGAUUACUUCAGAUCUAAGACUGUGUGAUCUUGCUCAAGUUGUCUGUGAUCCAUCUUUCUAUGUCAGUGCAGGGUUUGGAUCCCUCUGUGUCUGUAUGUAAAUCGAGAUCAUAUCAUCGUUGAUUGGCUUGUUUCUCAACUACUAAAAUAAAUUUACAACAUUCGAUUACCAUUCCAAACAUGCCAACUCUCCUGAUCCAUGUGGUAGACCUCAUUUUUUAAGCCCAUCUCCCAUGAUGCUCUAGGACAGCAAUUUCACUUGCUAAUCUCCCGAUAUUAAGUAAAGGGAAGAAGAUCGUGGCAGAUAUUUGUUGCAGUUUCUGGCAACUCUCGUCUGCCUGCGCGCGUUAGGCAGGCCGGUGAUGUGACUCAGUCUCUCACUGGAGGUAGUGACAAGAAGAAGAAGAAGAGGAAGUCACUUGCUGGUGGUGUCUGUCUUCAGCUCAGUGCAGUGUUUGAACAGAGAUGAAUAGUGACAAAACUCCUGUGCAUUGUCCAAGACUUGUUUACAGGCUAUAGUUUGGCCUUGUUGAUGUAAUUUGUAUUAAUAGUCUCCUUUUGUAUCUGUGUUAUUUUAAAUGUGCUUUCUUCUUUAAUUGCAUGUCUCAUUAGAAGCAAAACUUUAUCAAAUUUGAAGUUCAAGUUCAGUGGCUGUUGCAACUUUUCUUUAUGGCAACAGCCACUCAAUCCUUUAGAUAGUGGCACAGUCAGUGGCACACUCUUUUUAAUUUGAUGUGCAAUAAAUACUUCAUAUAAUAAUCAGGUCUAAAAUACAAGGCUAGAAAUGACAACAAUUUAUACGCACACUUGGUGAAAGAACCUUGUUCUUAGGGCUGAAAUACUGAUGAAAAAAAUCUAUCUCUUUUUUCACAACCCAAUGCUGGCAAGUAUGCCGUUGUCUUAUUUAUUAAGGACUCCCCAGUUCUCUUGCUUGUAAUAAAGGUCAGCGCUGUUGGAAAAGUUUAAAGCUGAGAAGAUAAAUUUGUCUGAGUUUCUCAGAGUUUUUUUUUUUUCUAUGACAGAGUGCUAUGAAAAUAAGUUUUAGUUAAUAUACAAGUCAAAAUGAAUCGAAGUUUAAAAUGUGCCUUUGAUAGUGUUGGUCCCCUCAGUGUCUGAGCAUGCCCAUUACUGAAGGGUUGAUGCCCAUUAACACAUGCAUGGUUUCUCUCUCUCAGGGGACAGAGUGUCUCUCAGAUUGAAUUAAGCCAAACUGUGUUAACUGAUUAUUCAAUGAGUCUGUGAAUCCUCUCUGAUCAAGCUGGGAAGAUAUUCUUUGCUCAUGUAGAGACUGUGAGUGUGUCUGUGUGUGUGUAAUUUGUGUAUUCAUGUGUGUGUGAGAGAGAGUUUGUGUUAGAUGGAUAAUUGAAGUGAGUGCAGACAGAGACCUUGUGACCCUCUAAAUUUCAAACAUUAUUGUAGCUUUGAUGGCUCUAUUAAAUCUGUCUCAUCCAUGCUACAGUGUGUAACAACAACUCCCAAAAGUCCUCAGUAUCUAACCACCCACACUGUGCUGGACCGUUUAUAUAAUGAGUUCAUUCAUUAGGACACAUUACUUCUUCUCAGCUCUUUCUGUGUUUAAAUUCAGAAUUACAGCAGAAAGUACUUUAAAUGUUGCACCUUCCUUUGAAUGAAUAUACUGCUCCUGCUUUAAAUCAUUCAGAUCACAAGUCACAGGCUCACUUUGGAAAUGGUUUUAGCCUCACAGGUGUUGCAGAUUAUUACAGUUUGUUCAUGACCCUUGGACUUUAGAAAUUCAGUGUCAUGCUAACAUGACUUUGGUAUGAGACUUGGACUCAUCAAUCAAAUUUAUAUUUAUAAAGUAUCAAUGCACAACCAAUUUUAUCAAGAUGCUUUUCUGAAAAGAGCUUGUCUAGACUAUACUCUCAUACUCAUUAUAUUUACAGACCCAACAUCAAUAGGAUGGGAUGAGUGCCAUCUGGUAACAUCAGACCCACCCCAUCUCAUCUUCAUCAACCAUGAGUGAAACACUUAACAGCAUUUAUUAAAUUACAGUGGAGAGGAAGACCUCCCUUUAAAGGCAGAAACCUCCAGCACAACCAGACUGAUGUUAGUUUGUCAUCUGCUGAGACUGAGCUGGGUUUAGAGAGGAGAGAGAGAGGCAGAUGAAGAAAGAGAGGGAUGGACAGAAACAAACAACAACAGUACCUUCAGAUAUUUGGUCACAGUGACAGAGAUAAUGGAACAAGUAUGUGAACUAUUGACAGGAACAGCUUGAUAAUGAUAACAGACUAAUUUAUGGAACAUUUAAGUCAACAGGUCUACAGUAAUAGCACAGCACUGAAAGCAUUCACCAUAGGUAAAAUGAGCAGGCCUGCAUCCCCAUCAACAACUCCUCUGUUUCCCUCUCCCCUCAGGUCAAAAGUCUGGGUGUCGUCCUUGAAAGCACUCUGUCUUUCCAAACUAGUGUUGUGUCGUUCGCGAACGUUCAAAAGAAGCGAAUCUUUUAAGUGAACCAAAUCACUCCUCAAGUGAUUUCGUUCGAUUCAGCAUUUUUUUUUUUUUUUUUGCAGCGCACUUUUUGUUACAACAAAAAGUGCAUUAAACCCGCAGCAUCCUAUCAUUGCAGCGGUUUGUGAGGGAACGGUGCAUGUUCAGUAUGAAUUCCUCUAAACGUUCAGUGAACGAAUCACUCACUGAGCCCAAUUUACUAUUCCAAACCCACAUUAAUGGCUUUACUCGGUCAGCGUACUUCCAUCUUCGAAAAAUCAAUCGCUUCUGUUCAUCCCUCACCCCCAACAGCACGGCCAUCCUGGUUCAUACUAUGGUUACAUCCUGCUUGGAUUACUUCAACUCCCUUCUCUCUGAACUCCUCCACAUCAACACUUCCACCAGGACUCUCGGGUCUGCCUUUUCCAUCAGUCUCAUUGUGCUUCCAGCCUGUCUGUCCAUGGGAUUCAGAGCCUUAAGCUGCUCUGCCCCUCACCUUUGGAAUGGCCUACUCAGACUGGCUGCUGUUGUGCUGCUACAGAGUCCAAGUCCAAGCUAGUAUGUAUUUAACUUGUCAUUUUAACUGUUCUGUAAGGUGACCCUAAGUGCCCUGAAAGGCGCCUAUAAUAAAAUGUAUGAUUAUUAUCAUUAUUAUUAUUAUUAUUAUUAUUAUUAUUAUUGGAUCUUAGUGUUCUUAUAAAGGUAAAAGGGAACAUGAAGCUCUUUAACCCUUGAUUCCUGUCAAUUUUAAGCUCCAUCCAGCCUACUUCAUCCCCAAAACAGACACGCAGAUAAAAGUUCAUAAAAAAAUCAUUUUUUAACAUUUUUUUUUCUUUUUUUGACUCAUACAUCUUAAACAACUUCAGCCCUAAUUAUUAAAAAAAUUCAAAUAAAAAAAAAAUGAAAAAUUCAGUGUUUUACCCUUGUUAUGAUAGUUAUUGUGCACCAUGUCACUGUUAUUUUUAAUGGUAAAAUACACAAAAUUGCCUUAUUUUCCAUAGAAAAUGACUUACAUGAAAAAACUUUUUUUUAAAUAAAUGGAGUCUGGGCCAUGUCAGUGAUGAGAAGUAAAAUAAAUUUUGGUGCAUUUAAAUCCUUUUUGUAGUGUAAAUUUCCGUAUUUAAGCUCCAUCCAGCUUACUUUGUCCCCAAAAAUGGACAUGCAGAUAAGUGUCCAUAAAUAUAAAAAUAUAAAUCAUUUUUAAACUUCUUUUUUUGAUUAAAAAUAUAUAUUUUACUUAUAAAUAUUGAUUGGAAAGUUGCUCUUUAGUUAAGUUGUGGAUGGCUCUUAAAAGAGACUUUUCUGCUGUGAGCGCCGUGCGUUCAGGCGUACAGGUGCUGCAGACAGAGCCUGCAUGGUUUGAGCAAAAUGAUAUUUUGCAAAGUGAGCAGGAGCUUACCAGUCACUGGCUUCCGCCCUUGCAGAUCCCACAAUGCUUCUUUGUUAUUCUUUUUUUGCCUCCUGCCUGGCUGCCCUCUGAUGCUGCAGACUCUGCCCGGAUGUUGGAGGCAAAUGCAGCAGCUGCACCGGGGUGGGGAAGACGCUGCCGUUGAAUGAUUUGCAGCUGAAACAGCCGGAGGCCCAGCUCCUCCAAAAAGAGUUGCAUCUGGCAGGUUCUUCCCCGGUUCCAUGUGCGUUUUGUCAGUCUCCACAGAAUGAAGGCGUUGAUGCCAGACACGUCCAGAAUGUUAUGAAACCAAGCCACCGGCGUGUGGAGCAUCUGCAGGUGUAUUUGGAGGCAAGUUUCUCCGCCCUUGCAGCGGUUGUAAUCAAGGAUCAUGGUUGGCUUUCUCUUUGGACCCCCAGACACCUCUGGUUCUCUGUGCCUUGUGCUUAGAAGAAGCACAUUUUUCCUAGGUGGGGUGAGGUAGGACACGGCAGUGUGGGUCCUCGUGAAGGCGAAGAUUGAUGUUUUGCUCGCCCCCUGAUGGGUGUGCAGGAGUUCUGGAGGGAGCUCAGGUUUGUUGCUGCAGAUCAUGCCGACAAGGGCCACCUUGCACUGUAGUAGCACCUCACCAAGGGUGUAGGAUGUGAAGAAGUUGUCUAUGGUCACAGUGUGCCUGUGUAGAGCUUCAGUCAUUUCCAGCAUGACCUUCCUUCCCUGGUUCACCUCAGCUGGCCUGCCCGGGUCCCUGCCAGUGAACAGUUGCAUCCUCCAGGCCUAGGACGUCUCCACGUCACAAGUGGCCCAGAUCUUCAGCCCAUAUUUUGCUGGCUUGCUGAGCAUGUACUGCCUGAAUCCGCAGCGCCCCUUGAACCGCGGGAGCUGCUCAUCCAGGGUAAUGUCUCUCCCCAGGUUGAACAGAAGGGGCAGGCGCUCCAGCCACUUCUCCCACACCAUUUUGAUGGGGGCCAGCUUUCCCUCCCUGUGCCUCGAUCUCAAGAGCUUGUCAUCGAAGUGGAGGGUGGAGGAGAUCUGCUCAAACCGGGCUUGUGGCAUUGUUCCCCUGGAGAGCGGUUGCCCUGUUUUGUUGUCCCGCAAGCUGCUGGUUGUCUCGUUUUGGGAUCUGUAGACUUCAGACAGCAGCAGCAGGCCAAUUAAGGAGCAUUGUCGAGGUCUUUCCUAUCUGUCCUCCUCUGCCUCCCCUGCAGGUUGGUCAUAUUAUGGACGCAGAUUCACAGCUGGGCAUACACCCAGGAGCGCAAAAACUUUUCCUGCCACACAUAUCCCACUGUUAGACAUCCAUAUCUAGUGGCAUGUAAAGUUUCAUUCAUUUCUGACUAUGUUUAGUGGAUGGAUUCGCCCUUCAAACACUCUCAGUCUAUGAAGAAUGAGUUGCGUGCGCAGCACCAAAGAGGUUAAUAUUAUGUUCUAAUGGAAGUCUAUUAUCCGAUUCACAGGCAAACUGGGGUGGAUGGAGCUAAAAUGCGGUGAUGGAGAACUACAGGUGACACAGAGUUUUUUGGGGUUUUUUUAGUAUGAAGAAAAAUAAGAUCCCAAAUUUGAUACCCCAGUCUUUAAAAAUGUGACUGUUGAAUUUGAAGAUCAAAAGAAGACCUUCAAAUUCAACCCUAAAUUUAAUAAAGUCAGUGAGAUGUGCUCUCUUCUCCUUGCUCUGGUCAGUACUUAAGCCACAGCAUUUUGGACCAGCUGAAGAUUCUUUACAGACUUGUUAGGGGUUCUAAUAAAGGAGUUACAGUAAUCCAAGAUAAAGGUAACAAAUGCAUGGACUCAUUUUUUCCGUGUCACUCUGUGACUGGAUGUGUCUGAUUUUUUCAUUUCAUAUUUUUGGCCCACACUAACUUCAUGAGUUGAAUGUCAUUUCCUCAAGUUGUGUGUAGACAGGCUGCUACAGCAUAUUUACUGACUGUUUUUACUUCAUCUCCAUUCAUAUAACCUGACUGUCAAAUAUCGCUGAGUUAAAGAUCUCCUCUCACUCCAUUUAUAAAAAAAAUAAAGUUAUGUUAUGUACUUGUAAUGGGUGUACAUAUAUACAUGUACAUGCUCUGCAGAUGAUCAGAGACAAGUCCCACUCCUAACAGCAGGAGCUUUCUGGGCUCAUGAGCUGACAGCUUACACACCUGAACCACCAGGUAACUUUGGAUCUACUCUAGUACUUAGGUCCGUUGAGUUUCCUCCUUCCUCAAUGAAGCUCAGCUCAUAAGGUGUUCUGUUUGUAAUCAUUGCUGUCAGAAGCAUUCCUUCUUAAGUUUGGCUGUAUUUUGUGUGUUUUUGUUGAAGCCUGCAGACACAAUAAGCUAUUCAGUGUGCUGUAGGUGCAGCCUUUGUGGAUGUGAAGUAAUCCAUGGAAGUUUACGGAUGUAAAGUGUUUCAAUUCUAUGUUUUCUGGACUUGGAUGGUGGGGCUCUUCUCUGUUGCUGCAGGAAGGGAGGCGGAUCGUUUGAUUUCUAACGGGUCUUGUCGCUGACUUGAAGUUUUAUUACUUUGUUUUCUGUGAAACUCCAUGGUGCUUGUUGAAUUUCUGAAUUACUGACUAAAUGUGGGUUUCUUUGCUGUGGAAAACUUCACUAUCUCCUCAUCCAGGUGAUAGUGAUGUUCCAGGUGUGACUGCACCUGUAGAUAAAGUAUUUAACUUGGCUAAAGUCUCACAGACUCUGAGCUAUUGGCAGACACCAGUGUGAGUUGUCCAGCUCUUCUCCGGAGGGGGCUGAACCUUUACUUGAUAGCUUGUUGGUAACUUCCCCUUAAAUUCAAUGUGUGUUGUUGCAAAGGAAUCUUUUCGCUCUGAGAGUACAAACAGUGUCAUUGAGAUUGUCUGGUUAUCCUUUUUUAUCUCGCCUUGAGUUAAACAGUAAACACGAGUUGGGCUGAGGUGAUGUCAGGUGCAGUCGUGUGCAUGUGCUGUUGUCUACCAUGCUCUGAAUUAGGUUUUUCUGUGGGCUAAUAUUACUGGCUUGUACCUGUCACAGACUAUUGACUUGAACAGAGUGAAAUUAUUUGCUUUGACAGCAAUCUGCUGCCUCCUUCCUCUGCAGGUCUGUGACUGGCAGACCGACUGGCUCACCUCUCCUCCACCUCUCUGCCCUUUCCUGAAGCAAGCUGGCUGCGGCACCUGUUGCAUGGCCUGACCUUCUGCUGCACAGCUCACCUGCAGCCUCAGCUGGGAGGAAAGAACAAAGAGGGAAUUCAAAAGGAAAAGAGAGUAGAGAAGAGGGAGCUGUCAGAGAGUCAGACAUGUGGCUUGUUGGAGCAGACAUUAUUAGAGGAGAAUGAGAGAGAGAGAGAGAGAGAGUGCGUGUGUGUGUCUAUGUGUGUAUAGAUAGUGUGUGUGAAUCUCUUCGGGGAUAAAUAAAGUUCUUACUCUUAUUCUUGUUUUCUUUGAAGAACAGAACAGAGAAAAGGGUGAGAGGAGGACCGAGACACAACCCAGACAGAUAAACAGAGGGAAGGUUUGUGUUCAAGGUCGAUGAACGUUUCAUUCAGUCUUUACAACACCUAUCCCCACCUUCAAAUACUAAGGGCCUACUUUGAUGUUUCAGUUACAGAAAAAACAGUUAAAAAAGAUGCAUUUUUUCCAACUUGCAAGUAACAUGAAGAAAAUCGACUCUGUAUAAAUUUUUCAACAACAGGAGAGAAGUAUUUCAACCUAUAAAGCAUUUAGAUAUUUAAUGAAAUAACAUUUUGUCAAUCUUGAUGCAAAACCUUCAGCAGCUCAGUCUUGUAUAAUGGCUUGUCACUAAAUCUGAAACUUAGGGUCUAGGAUACUGAAAUAGAACAAUGUCAGUCAGUGAGAGUGCUCUUAAAACGUUUCCAGAGGUAUAGACAGUAGUGUUAUGACUGUGGGUCAUAUCUAUUGUGUUAUAUUUUACUUGUAUUGAGUAGAAGAGCGCUUGUGUUUUCUCGUGCAACCUAAUUGGACAGCGGCAGAGCACGCAUUAGCAGUUGACUGGAGGAGUGGAGUCGUGUGGCAGGUCUGGAUUGGCUGAGAGGAGAUGGCAGUUGUUUUAAAGAAAGACCGCUGUAGCACAACAGUGAUCUGACAACAUGACAACUGGCUCGGAACUGGAGCCAACAUAAACUUCAAAGUGUGCACAGCCCACAACAGUGCAAGAGGUGGAGGUGGUACUCGAUGGUACUGUAGUGGAACACUAUCCUUGUCCUAGUUUACAAGCACCAGGCGUAAUUGACAGAAAUGAGUCUACCUCCACUUCUGCUUGGCCAUCUCCCAGUUAACCUACUACAUCACGGACCAAUCAAAACAUGUGUUGGUAGGUGGUUAUAAAAACACAAUUAAAACACCAUCACCUACAGCCUCGUAUUUUUUAUAUGUUUAAUAUCACAGCUUUGUCUUUUUCGCAUUAUUCUGUCUGAGGUGCAAACAUUGGAACAUGUGGAGUAUGUUUAGUCCAGUUUCAGUUUGACUGAGCCACAUACAUGAGCGGGAAAACUGACCCCCAACUGGGUUGACCAGGUUGGUUAGAUUAUGAGAAGUUAGAUUCCGUUUGACUUCAGUCAGACUAAUAAAUCAGCAAUAAAUGAUUUUUUUAAGCAUCAGCAUGUAUAUGUACAGAGUUUGACUCUUCAGUCCUUAAAGAGGAGUGAAGCAUUCACACACCAGCAUUAACUUCAAUUCUGUUUUUGUCCUGGUUGAAGAGUCUCUCUCUAAAACUGUACUUCAACAGAAUACGCACAUUGUUUGCUUAUCGUGCAUCAGCAUCAGCCAUGAAUGCAAAACGUGUGCAAAGGAAGGAAAACUACUUCAACCAAGUUUCAACCAGAGCUCCAAACAGAACCAAGGGUUGUUUUGUGAUGUUCUGGAGCUCAUAACUGAUGCAUCUGUUUGUCAUUGUCAUUGAAUGUUCAAAGCUUAAAAACUGCAGAGUGCUUUUAAGCAAUCUUUGAUUUCAAGUCUUACAGUUGGUGUUCAUUAACUGUCCCUCAACUCUUUCUCAAGUUUAAAUGGACGGUUAAUCCCUUCUUAUGUAAUAGUGGAACUCUACAUGUGCAAACUGAAUCCAGAGGGUGAUUUAGACCAUCAAAUUUUGAGUGAAAAUCCUCUAACAAGCUGUUUUAUUUAAAGGGGAAGGAGUAAAAACAGGUUUGCACCACAUUAAGCCUGUCUGUGUGUUUCUAAAGGUUUCCUAUUUAACUUCACCCGACGUCAUCACAGGAAACAUGGUGUGUGUGUGUGUGUGUGUGUGUGUGUGUGUGUGUGUGUGUGUGUGUGUGUGUGUGUGAGAGAGAGAGAGAGAGAGAGAGAGAGAGCGAGGGAGAGAGAGAGAGACAGCCUGUAGCUGUUAGCUGCGACCUUUGCCGUGACCUUGUUGUUUGUGUUUUCAGAGGAAGGUGUUAAAUCCAACCGAGUAUCAACAUCCCACUCUCGUGUUGACACAUUUACGCCAAGCUGCAGUGAGUCACACAUGCUCGGACACUCAUUAGUGCGCUCCACCAAAGCAGUGUUAACAAAGGGAGAUGAGCAAUGUGCCGAAAGUGGAGACAGCACAGAGCAGGGUUAAUGAGACUUCUCUGAAACUUUUCUGAUAUGCUGUGACUGCUGGGGAUCUUUUCCUGUUCUCAUGUCAUGUCUCAACAUGAACUCAUUUGAGCUUGGAUUUUUUAUUUCCACAUUGAAUUUUGGUGAGAAUCAGAGCAGUGGUAGUUUGAUUAAAGCUGUGAUAUUUGAAGCAGUUGACUGAUCAGAUAUUCAGUCAGGCUACAAACAAGCCUGAGUGUUUUUGUAAUCCACAUACUGGAAAAACACAAUAUCUUCAAGGAGAUUUCGAUUGUUUGAGGAGGUUUUGUACCCAUGCAUGCAAAGCCAUUUGCAGACCUCAAGCAAUUCCAUGUUCUCUGAUGCUUUCAAGCUUUUGCAUUGGUGUUGCACAAUUGAGAUGCCAACGGUUAGAGCAAGACACACCAACCACUGUUUCAUUGGUAUCACAAACCAACACAAAUGUUGGUAUUCUGUCCCAGCACUUCUUAUUCUUCAAAACAACAUGUUGGCUACACUGGUGCUAGCAAGGAAGUAAGACAAUCACUCACAUUAUAACUCUCCACUCAGAGACGUGGUUGUAACCAUAGUUGCAUCACUUUUACAACACUCCCUGUUCAGGGUCAGAUUCUGGAUCUUAAAUGUAGUGUAUUGGUACAGGCUCCUUUGGUGUGCUUGCCAUGUUUGCUCUGGCCUGGUGUCCCUGUCCUCUCAGGUCAAUGCAAGGAAAGCAAGGUUACAAACUGGAUUAAAACUUUGCUCAUAGACAGCUAGAACUUGCUGUAAACAAAUAUAAAUACCAAUUAUGGACUCAAGAAUUAUCUUUGUUUGUAAAAUCAUUAUACAAGUUCUGGUAUAUUGUGCACCUGUCAACCUUUUCUCCAGACAUGAGAAAUCACAUUGCUGUGAUCCGGUAAGUCAACUUAAAAAGGACCUCUAUUCAAUCAAUUAAAAUAUUGAUCAAGUGGUACUUAAAGGUUGUACGUAAGAUCAAGACCCAACAAAUCAAUAAUUGGAUCACAAAGUUUCGACAAUGCAUCCCCAUAUCAAUGUUUUUCCCACUGCAUAGUUUAAUAUUAGGUUGCUGUGUGUGAAAACUAUCAUUUUUUCCAGCUUUUCUGAACUCUGCUGAGCAAUUUUUGCAUCUUAAAGUAUUUCUAAUGGUUUAAAGAACAAAGCCUAAACCCUCCAAUUAUUCUAAUUUCCAGCAGGAGCAGACUACAGUGAGAAACCUCACUAGACUUAUGACACCCAACAUGAUCAGAGCCAAAUACUGUGUGCAGCUCUUCUAUUUCUAAAGGCUGUUUCAGGUUUUGUUUGACAGAAAAUUCUUUUUGUGGUGGAAAGCCUUAAAAGGGGAAAGGUGGUUUGAAAUACAAACUUGAAGAAGUUUAUUAAAAAAUUGGUGGCUCACUGAAUUUAGCAAAAUACUGUAAGGGCUGUGUGAAGUAAUUCUCAGCAUUUGAAUAAUUAUUCAAAGGCUCUUUAUGCAACUUUAACUUUCAACUUUUGUUUAACUCUCCUCUUGUGACGAUGCAGUGAAGUGGAGGAAGAUAAUCUGGCAGAUUUCUGUGAAAUCUGACCCAGAGGUGUGAAAUAUAAAAAGCCAUUUAGAGGUCAGCAGAGUCUGCCAAUGCUUUCAGUAUGAUUACAUUUGUUUAGUGUGAUUUACCCAAGUCACUCUUCGGUGCGUUCAAUGGCAGUAAAUUGCUCCAUUCAGCACUUCUGGCUGAAUUAGGACUACUUGGUAUUCAUUGUGUUGCCUCUGGAAAGUCGAUCUGUGCGCUGCUCAGUAAUGUCUCUUAUUUUGUUUGGGAUAAAUUUAUAAGAUUGGAUAUUACUACAUCUAUUUGAGCCAAAACACACAAUAAUUAUCAAGUUGAGACCUUACUGCUUCUUCAGUGUGUGUAUAAAAUGUCAGACUCCUCCGGAACUGGUCUGGUUCAGGGCAUUCCAGUCCAGCAGAGGAAUAAUGGGAGCCUUUCACAGGUGGAGGGAUCUGGGAAUGUUAUUAACGGCUCUCAGACGGUGAAGAUGUCUCAAGGGUCUGAAACAUUCCUUCACUCUGCGUCCUCCUGAAAGAAGGGAAAGAUGAGGAAGGAGAGGGAGUGAACAGAGGAGGCGGGUAACUGGGUCAUCAUGCAGAGGAAUAAAAACAGCAGUCUUUCACUUAUAUCUGUAGGUCACCUUUAGGUGAGGAUGAAAUGAGUCAACAAAUACAGCUUCCUGGUUUAGUCAAGUUUCAGGCUCUUUUUGGCACUAUUCCAAUGUUAGGAGUAAGAGGAAGUUUUAUUACUCAGAAACAUGGGACUCUAGUAUGUUUAGCUUUCUAUUGAACCUGAAGUGCAGUUUAAGGAGGUGAACUACUGGCUUAUUGUUGCUUUAUUGGUAAAUGUAUGUGUUUCAACAUGUUUGUUUGAGCAGUAGUUUAUUCUAUAUUAGAAAUAGACUAAAGUCUGCAUUCUGUGAAUGGCCAGCAGGGGGUGACUCCCUGUUUUACAGGGAAAUCUGAUGGUACAGAUGUCUGUGGUUUGGAUGUAGUGCUGGUAAUCAAAGGAAGAAUAUCAAAAUAUCCACGGCCAAGACACUGAAUGGCAGAAUUAAUCAUGAGGGCUGUCUGUGGGCUGUAUAAUAAUAUGGACAACAUGUCUUUAUCCCAUCCCACUGUUAAAAAUAAUGAGGGCAGAUUACCAUCUCCAUGGUCUCUGAAAGUGCUGCCAGUGAAGUAUUCUUACGGUGUGUGCAGUAGAGAAAUGAACUAUAAAGACUCAACCAGAAAAACGUUUUUGCACCAGGCUGUAAACAUUUAUAUUUUUGCUCUUUUGAAUGGCUGUGCAUGUGGCUUUCAAGGAUUUUGCACCCAGCCUGAAGUGGACAAACAAGGAAUUGCAAUUUUUAGCACCUUGGUAUCUGCUUCAGCUGUUAAGCCUGGAUAAUGAUUGAGGCAAACAUAAACAAGCAAAGCUUUUCUAAGUCUUGAUGCACAGAGCUGUCUCCUUGGAUUUUCAGCAUGGGGUUGAAGAAGUUCCUCAGAGUUUCUCUUUAUCAGUCCUUAAACAAAUUAUGUUUAUAGUCAAGUGUUUACUUCAUCCACCUUCUUCAGUUUUGUACAUUUCUCUGUUGUGGCCUGGAGUUCUUUCAGCACACUGAUAUGAUUACUGUUACAUUCCCAGAUUCUCCCUGCCAACAGUUUGUGCUGUGUUGCCGUGUUAAAACCAAUUGGAACAAAAUUCUUGAUUCAGAAGCACUUCAAGUUAAACACAUGAAUAGGCAGUUUUGUAGUUACCAUCUGUGUUUUUAUCUCUUUGUACAUCCUUUGUUAUACGCAGAAUAUUUAUUCUGGUUUCUAUAUGUGGUCCCUGUAGUAUUAUUCAGUGCUGCUUCAGUAGGAAUUGGCUGUACUCAGGAAACCAGUCCCAUGGACAUAAAAGGGGCCUGUCUCAUCAGCUAUAGAGCAAUUUUGGAAGCCUCUGGAGGUAAAAAGGCCUUGAAACAGUUUCUCUAAAUAGACAUCGGCAUGGGACAUAUCACAAAAGAUUUCCCUCCCUAUACAGUGGAUGUUGUGGGAUCCCUGAGCCAUUCGGACCAAAGUCAAUUUUUUAACCGGGCUGUAAACGUGUUUAUUUCCAUGCCAAAAUUAAAAUAAGUCUUUUUUUGGAUCAGUGUUUCCAGUGCUGAAGUGGACAGUUCUGACCUGCAGUUUUUAGCACUUGUGCAUCAGCUUCAUUUCUAAAGACCCAACGUUGCUACUUGGUUUUAUGGUGUGUGUGUGACAGGGUGGGAGCUGAAAUGCACUGUAUUAGCAAUAGACAGUUGAACAACUGGCUGAAUAAUGAGGCUGAUUUAUGGCAUUUGUACAGUCGGCAUCAUACCAGCAUCUGCCUUCACAAGGUCCAUAUCAACAUCAUUUUUCCAACUGGAAACACAUUUUUCAUCCGUAUGCAUAUCCGUAACAAAUCUUUCCACUGAUUUGUUACAAAUCUGUCUAAAAAGUGUAAAGGUUUUAGUGCCAAACUUAAGACUCCAAAACACCAAUACACACACUGAUGCAUUUUUUUGAGAACCCUUAUCGGUUCAGUGAUUUGGAGGUCAGUUCAUUAGGCUUCAAUUCAGCGGUCUCUGUCACAAGGCAUUAAAUAGAGGAGGUUUAUAAUAUGCCAGGUCCUAAAGAGCCUGACUCAUCAGUGCAUGAAAAAACAGCACUCAGACUUCCAGCAGCAGGAUGGCUUUAAUGCAGCCCUAAAUUAGUAUUCUGUAAGCCAUAUUCAGGCAGUGACAGAAUAUUCUGUGAUAUAGCUUUCCCUGUGCGUGCAGAACGCAGCACUGAAUUAUGGGCAUGCCAAAAUCAUAUUGGUCUCAGCUGGAUAAGUCCAAUUCUGCUGUAAGCUACUGGAAACACAGAGGCGGCUGAAACAAGCUCUAUAUUCUGGUGCUUCCAUAUUCAGAUCUGUGCAGCUUAAACUGGAUGUUUCAGCUCGCCUCUCUCUUUUGUCAGUGGAUCCCUGCUUUUCUCUUUUAUUUCCAUUUUGGGAAGUAAACACUGAAAAGGUCACACAUCACCAUCGUGAUAUCAUAAAAGAAAACAGUGUGACGUGCCAAAGCCCAGUUUGUUUUUCCUGCUCCCUUCCCCUCACAGAGUGUGAAUCAUGGACACGUUUUCUUUCUCAUGCCUGGAGCCAAGAGGGUCCAGCACAGCCUCAAGUUAACCCUGCAGAAAUCUGAUCACAGUUCUGUUCAGGAUAAAUGCUGUCUUUGCAAAUUACAGUGCUGCUCCAUGUAAUCAUGGUUUUGUUGGUCUUCCUCUAACUUGUGAUUCUGCCUUUCUUUCUUUUUUUGUCUCUUGUUUUUCUUCAAGGCCUGGCGAGUGUGGUCGAAAGUCUGCUGUGGUCAAAAAUGGCUUCUCUUCUUGUCUCCACUCUUUCUUCUCUUCCUCACAAUCACUGUGAUGGCAAUGACUCUCCCCCUCCCUUUGCCGACCGCUGACAUUGACCUGCGGGUGCCCCGAGUCCUGAGCUCUGCAGGGGAGUUCAGGUCCAGCCCCAGGAUUGUGGAUCUCCCUCCUGUUGUGUCUGUCCAGCAGCCUCUCACUCACACCCACAGUGAGGCCUGGAAAUCCAGCUCUCAGAAAGACACGACUCACCCUUCAGUGGUGCCUCAACAUUUCAGAGACGCAGCUGGCAAUGACAGAAACAGCAUCAGAGAGAGAAGUCCUGCAGACUCACACAGAUAUAAACACAGAGGCAAAGACGGUGCUUUUCAAAGAAAAGCAAGCGCAGGCAGCCAGAAGCCAACCCGUCAUCACCGUCCCCACAUCCCAGUGUUUACCGUCUACAACACAGGCCCAAAGUAUGGAAAUAAGUCUAGCAAUCACAGUUCUGCACAGACAUACAUUCAUCUGGAACACAGCAAACCCUCUGCGGCAGGAAUAUCAGCUCCAGCAGAGACUCCAAUAAGUGACAGAGGAGAGGCAGGCCACAGACACAGACAGGCCGACAGAUGGGAGGAAAGAAACACAAACAUGAAUUCAGACACACAAAUACAAAGCAGCCAUACAAGCGCAGAGCUAUCUGAACAUCACCAGGCUCCGAAAAAACACAGACAGCUCUCUGGGAAAUCUGACAAAGUCAAUAAGGAGAAGCAGGCUGUGAAAAAGCCCUCAAGGGAUCUGGAGGAACACCGUAAUCUCCCAGAGGAUCCCUCUGAAGCAAAGAAGAAUCCUGGGCCGCCAGACCGAAGAAAAUCCUUGUCCAAAGUGGAGACGGCCACGAAGAGAGAUGACAGCAGCUGGUGUCAAAGCUUUAAAGAGCAGGACUUCACAGGCACUGACCAGAGGAGGAUCAGGAUUAGUCCAGAUCCUCAGUCUCUACCCUGGCUCAGCAAGGAUGACAUCCAGAAGAUGGAGCUCCUUGCAGAGGGAGAGGUGGUCAGUAAAGCCCGGGUGCCUGCACAUGGACAGGUGCUUCAGGUGGCAUUGGAUCCCCCUGCACAUGACCAGGUACAAAAUUCAACUGCUGUCAUUCACAGGGAAUUAUCUGAUAUUGACCAUGAUAUAUAAACAUGAUGUAUUUGAUAUCCAGUGAAAUUAUUCACCUGCUAUUCUUGAAAUGUUCACAUGAGUCAGUUAAGCUGUUUGCUGUGGAGGAUUCAGCCUUUGGAGCAGACAGAGAGGAAGAAGAUGUGUCAGAGGAAGAUGGAGGUGAAGAGGACAGGAACAUGGAGAUCUUUAAGUGAACAGAGAGAACAAUGAAGGGAGAACAGAAGAAGGGGAAGACAGAGAGUUUCACCAGAGGACCCAGGUCUAACAGAGAUGAACCGAGAUCAGACAGAACCAGGAUGGGACCAAAGUAUCUUACUGAGGAAAUAUGACAUUUACUUAGACCUGAUUUUAGGUGUUUAACACAAGUGACAGCUGUUUAAAGCUAUUAUGGACUGUUUAUAUAAUGGAGAUUGAUUAUUGGCCUCAGCUAUAGUGAUGGGACUCAGUAAGAUAUAUUCAUAGCUUCAUCUCUGCCUCUAGCCAUGUGAGUUUUCUCUCAGUCCUUUACUAAACAACUGUUUUUCAUCAAAAGUGUCCAAACAAGUCAGGACACAGAGCUGUCCUUUUAUUUGUCCCGCUCUGCCAGGUUGAAACAAGAUGGAUUUUAUCAACUGAAAUACCAAGCUUGUCCCUCAGCGCUCUUUAAGGUCGCUUUCACACCUGACCAAGCGGACUUGGUUCGAUUGGGGAGCUGAAAGUUGCAACAUUGUUGCAUUUAUCACUUGUUUCAGUUCUGCUUUCACACUGUGAUUUCUAAAGCGCACUGAACUUUCCAAGCAGCAUCAUGUGGUUGAAAGGAGCACUCGUCGAUUGUACAAAGUAUGAGGGGUAUGUAACCUCACGGAUUACAAACAGGGGUGGACUAGCCGUCUUGUAUCGUGCUUCGUCACAUUAUUUUAUGGAAUGCUACAACGUUAGUGAACGCAACUGUUCCUAUAAUGCUACUGUAGCUUGUCAGGGAUUGAUCCUGUUAUGUUUUAACUUUGACGAUCUAACAUGCGACAACAUAUGAGUUUAGAGUUUAGAGUUUAAGGACUGUGACUGUUGGUAGCUGUGAUUCGAUUUUGUUUAAAUAUGCCAAAUUGUGAAUUUAUGGGUUAUUGUUGUUCAGAUAAUUGAGCUAAGCUAGCUAGCAACUGCUACUGUCAGCGGUCACUUGUUGCCAUAGCAACAAGGGAUGGCAUGCUUCCUCUACCCAAGAUGCACUGCGUUUGCACUGCGUAUAGCGUCAUUACAUACAUUUGGUCCUGUGUUUGGUCCGGUGAGUUUUCACACUGCAUACGAACUGAAACAGGGUUCACUUGCAAGCGAACAGAGACCCACGUUUUCAGCCAGACCAGAGUUCGGAUGAACUUUCACACCAGAGCUGUUUGGUCCGCUUUAAACGGGCCAGAGCUCGUUUCCUCGGGUAGUCUGCUUCGUUUGGGCAGGUGUGAAAGCUCAUCUGAACUCUGGUGCGGACCAAACAAGCGAACUCUGGUCCGCCUGAAAACGUGGGUUUUGGUUGGCUUGCAAGUGAACCCUGGUUCCGUUCGUAGGCAGUGUGAAAGCUCACCUGACCAAACACAGGACCAAAUCUACGUAAUGACGCUAUACACAGUGCAUACGUAGUGCAUCUUGGGUAGAGGAAGCACGGCGUCCCUUGUUGCUAUGGCAACAAGUGUCCACUGACAUUAGCAGUUGCUAGCUAGCUUAGCUCAAUUGUCUGAACAGUUUAAUACCUGCCAUUUUUAGCCUUUAGCAUAAGGUGACCAGAUGUCCCUGAUUUCCGGAGACAGUACCCGAAUUGGAUGACCUGUCCCCAGCAAAAGCUGUCCCCGAAAAUGUCCCUGAUUUAAGCGUUUCAUUAAUGAGAACAAAAAUGUUGCGUGUGGGCUAAAACAACGGUUAUUACAGUUACAAGUAACUUGUAGGAAGCACAAGUUAGCAGUCCUGAACAACAGUUUUUACGGGGGUUAUUACAAGGGGCAAUGACAACUUGACAAUUUCCUUAAAGGGAUAUUUCAGCAUUUUUGAAGUUCAGUUGUAUGAGUUCCAUGCCAACAGUAAGUGUACUAGUUACAAUGAGCAACAAAUGAGAUUCCUGAUGGCUUUGCAAAGUGCUGGAACAAUUUGCAGUUCACAGUUGAGUUGUGGUGUCUCCAAUAGUAAAUACUCAGCUGUUUUCCAUUCUAUACUGUCAAACUUAUUAUUCAGCAGUGUUUGUGCAUGGAGAAGAUUUUACAGGUCAGGCAGGUCUAACAGAGCCCGGGUCAGCACAGUAACUUGGCCUUAGUAGUAGUGUUGUAGUUGGAGAAUGAAAACAAACAAUGGAUCAGCACCAGAUCAGGUCAGGUUAAUACAGUCAGGUCAUCACUACAGCACCAGGUUUCCAACACUCAGUGUGAUGUGGGUACAAGCUCUCACUUUUCAAUGAAAUGGAUAAAGUUAUUUUCUUUUCACAGCAGCCAUCUGAGCAGAGGGACCCCUCUCAGCAUAUCCACAGACAUCCAGAGUCCCACAGUGAGCGCUGCCAGCAGGGCCGCUGCUCUCUGAUCAAACGCACUGAUGACUGGUUUGAGGUGUUUGCCUUCCACCUGGACCGGGUCCUGGGACUCAACAGAAGUCUCCCUGCUGUGUUGAGGACAUUCCACAGUGAGGUUUUACCAUACCGGUACAUCAGGGGCAUCCCCAGACCUGUAGUGUGGUGGGAUCCAGACAUUCAGCAUCUGUCUGAUGGAGACAAUGACCAGAACUCAAUACCUCUCAGUUGGGUCCACUACCAGAGGCUUCUGCAGGCCCACUGUGGGAGUGAAACAGACCUGAGGUCAGCACCCUGUGUGGGAGUUCACCACCUUGAGUGGGGAAGGCUGGCUCUCUUUGACUUCUUACUGCAGGUAAGAAAUGUGUGAUUUUCUGCAGAAAGCUCUAAAAUGUUUAAUGUUGUCAGAUGUUAAUCAUCUUAAUGACCCCUUAUUUAGAAACAUUCAAUGUGAAGUGUUUUUCAUAUUUGAAGGAGUUACUGGGGUCAUUAGAGUGUUAUUAGAGGGAAGGAUUCCUACUUGAGAGGAGGAAAGCAUGAAGAGGAUCAGGCUGUUUUACUGACAGUCAUUAAAAUACUUCACACUAAAUGUGAAUAUCAGACUCACUCACACAGUUCCAUCUGAGGAAACAGCAAAACAGAAUGUACAAGAAGCUUAUGGCACCAUGGGGUCAUGUGUGUGUAGGUCCCUGCGGUGCCAUCAUGGUGACUUCUGGUAAACCUGGUAAAGACUGGUAAACCCAUUAAUUCAUGGGUCCACACAGCAACUGUAUACUAACAUCUGUUAUAUGAUGCCAAUAACACCUACAGGAGAGCAGAUAAGUGAACAGUGGCUCAUGCUGGUGCUUCGCCUGCUUCCUUGGCUCUCAGGCUUGAAAAUAUCCAUGAAAUCAGCUCCUACAUGGUGCAGAGCUGAUCCUUACUCUAAAGGACCAAUGUGCUAUAUUUUGUGAUCAAGGGUCCAAGUCACUUUGAUCUCUCAGUCAGUCAUAACCACUGAUGGACGAAAUGUUCCCAUAGUUGGUAUCACAGUUGGUCUAAACUAAAGGAAGGUGGAAGACAAAAGAACCAGCAGGUUUUUUUUUUUUUUUUUUUUAGUUUAGCCGUGUUCUGCCUUUCAUUUGAGAGGCUAAAUAUAUUUUCCAAGGACAACUGAUUAUCUUCUUUUGUUUUUUCUCACUUUUGUAACUGCAGUGAAAAAUUCCACAAAAGUUUUUUUUUCUCUCUCUCUCUGUGAUUACCAUAAGUUGUUUCCUGGGUAUCAGCUGACUCCAUCACAAGUUUUGUUAGAAAGAAUGAUUAAAUUAGGAUUUUUUUUUCCGCAUUAAGAACUUUUGGAUAAACAUUAUUGUGCAUAAAUAUAAACAGAAUGCAAAAAAAAACUAACCUGGAAAUGAUCACUUUUUGGCAUGAGCUGGAUGAGAAAUCAUUCUUGGCCUGCAUAGAUAUGUGUCAGGGACUGAUUGUUCAAAACUACUCUGCGCUGAUCAGAGCUGCUUGAUAUGAACAAAAAUUAAAUUGUCAUUGUUCAUGAGGAGUAGAUGAUGACAGAUUACAGACUGGAUCAUAUAAUUCAAUCUUGUAUUUUGUCCAGAUAGAACCUCCAGUUUUUGUUGUCCAAAAUGGUUGAGUAGGAUUAGGAUCCAUUUAAUCCAGAAAAUUGGGUCCGAGUAAAGGAGUUUUUAAUUAUUAUAUAGAUACUUAUCCACAGCUGUAAACCAAGUCUGACUCUUUAAAUACAUGAAUACAUGAACCUCCUCUGGGCGAUACAGAGGCCCCUGGAUGUCACAGUUUCUUUUCAUUAAGCCGCUGUUCUCACAGAGGGAGUGGAUUUUACAAUAAACUGCUGCGAUGUACCACAUAAUUUUUAGAGCUGACAUUGUAAACACAAUAAUGAAAGGUCAUAAAUACUGGAGUUUUGUUCACCUGUCAUCUGUCCACUAUGAUUUCUUCCUCAGCUCCCUCUUUGUCAAUCACGCUGUCUCCCUCUUGUGAUGAAUCCUGCAAUAUGUUCCCAGGUUCUGUAUAAUCUGGAUUUUAGUAAUCUACCAACAUACCUUGGUGGGAAAUUCAGUCAUGGGAUACAAUUUUUCAGUUUUCCUACGUGGAAAAGAGGCUAUAGGUAGCAGGCGGAGGACAUCACAAAGGCCCUCAUUUAUCAAAUAAACCUUCAGCAGAAAACUGUCUGUACAACCAUUUCCACACAAGGAUUGGCAUUUAUCAAAUUUGGACGUGAGCGUACACUAUGAUCAAAUCUCACAACAGGUCUGACAUCGUGUAUGCAAGUUUGAGUCAGUGUGGAUCUGCUGUGCAGCAAAUGUCUGACUCAAAAUAAUUAAUAAACAAACCUCAGCCUGCACAAGCAGACAGAUUCUAUGAAAGAUUGAUAAAUAAAAAAAUAAAAUAAAAUAAAUUUGUUUUGCCCCGAGUAAAUAGACCUAUUUGAUAACCCUGCCAGCAAACACUGCCACAGAGCAAAAGCACUGUUUUAACACACACUCACGCGCCUCUGUGAAGUGCAUAUUUUGACUCCUAAAAGGCAGGUGUCUCUGUGUUGGCCCAGCAGGGGGGGUAACAUUGUUGUACACUCCUGAACAGGUGUGGGACAUUAUUUGGGCCAGUACAGUUUUGCACAAUGUUGCUCUGGCGAAUGGAGUGCCGUUAGAUGUGCCAGUGCAACAUGAGGACCCGUUGCCCAGAGAACAAUAACAAGGCUUUAGACUCCACAAAGGUGCAGUACAGAGGAGAGAGGACCUUAUCAAUGGAUUCUGACAUGUAAAGUAUGACUUCAGAAAGUGCUCUUGCUAUUUAAUCAGUGAUAAAAAAAUCCAAUAAAAAUUCAUAAAGAUGUGCCUCUGGGCAGCAACACACCGUUUAGUGAGGUUCAUAAUAAUUUUUGUUCAGCCUCUGUCAGACUCUCAAGUCUGCUCUACAUUACAAGAAAGCAACAAAUUAAAACUUAAUACUUUUAAUAAUAGGAGCAACAUAUGGCAAUCAAAAAAUAUGAGGCAUGAAUGAGAAUAUUUAUCCUCUCUCAUGUUUGACUUCAGUGGGUGAGGCUUAUGAAUAUUUAAGGGUGUGAACAUGUUAAUGAUGAUCGAUUUCAGCAGCCGCAUUUAUCAAGACCCAAUCAUUCGUACACUAGGAUUAGUCAGAUACGAACCCUUUUAUAAAUCUCACAUGUGUCCUAUUGUACCAUGAAUCCUGCACUCAGACCUGCACUCAGUUCUACACAGGAUUGAUAAAUGAGGGCCAAAGAGAUGUUGGAUUGCCUGGGUUGCUGCAGUGAGGCACAAGGACAUCACAAUCCACAAAAUAUCUCCUUUUGUACGAGUUUGCUCUUGGAAUAUUAACAAAGUAAAAUAAUAGUUUUUGUUUGUUUAAAUAGUAACUCCAUGGGCCGGUUGUCUGACCUGUAAAAUUCACUAGAGCUGAUGCACACCUAGAUUGAUCUAGCCUUGUUAAAUCCUUCAAUAGUUGGUAAAAUCAAUGGAUGAGGUUGGAGGUAGCAGUGCAGUGUUGGCUCUCCAGCUGCUCGCUGCUAGUUCAUAUGGAUCAACAUUGUUACUUGUUGACAAUUUAGCAAAAUACCUUUCACUGGCAUCUUUUUUUAAUUCACCUGGAUAAGGUUUUUGCUCAUUUUGCUUUUUUUUGUCUCCAGUCAUGCAGUUUAACACAUAAGCACCCUCACUGACUCUGCAUUGACCUCUGUUGUUUAAACCCGUUUACCCACAAAAUGGUGCAGGGGGGCGUGUCCAUCAAGUGUCUGACCAAGACCAAUUCAAUCUCUGCCCCUAACUCGAUGCUGUGCAUGUUUAGAUUCAGAUAUGUCCUAGCCAAACCCAUCCAAAUUUUUCUUUGGAUCACUGCUCUGCGGGACGGCAGAACACCUUAGUAUUAAUUUCACAUUGACCAUCAAAGCUCACAGCGCACUGAGUGGUUCAAACCUUUCUUUUGAUUUGCUCAGUGAAUGGGAAUGAAUCAUCCUCUGCUUUCUCUUUCAUACACAAACACAAACACACACCAGCUGUCCUCACUGGCCGAGCCAUUUAAUUUAGUUAGUGAUCAAAGAUACAGCCAUAAGUGUACUUGAGAUAAGAUGCCAUCUGAUCUCACACAUUAGAAGUAGAAAGCUGUUUGUAGCAGUCCUCCCACUCUGCAAAAAGUUUCUCCGUUCCCUGUGAGGAUUACACAAGAGAUCAGCUUCAGUUCAACAAGACAGUAUGUGGUUUUAAUUAUACUGUACAGCAGUAAAUACUGCCCUGUCAACAGAGCCUGCACUGAUAAAAGCAUCUGCUUCAGUUUAAGUAGCAAACCAUCAGCUGUGUUUUACAGGCUGUGUUAAAAGGCUGUGGUGGCUUGAAUGUUAAAUAUGUAUAAGGUACAACAUAUCGAUCAUCAAUAAGCCAGAGUACAAAAGCUUCUUUUCAUGUGCAGAUGAGGGGGCCACCAGAGGAGAGAUUCCUCCCCGAGUAGACUGGUGUUUAUUUCAAGACAGGAAUGAAGUGAAACUGUGUAUGGACUGAAUGUGUUUUUUUUUUCCUUUAGCUCUCAGAGUGCAGAACAUGAAUCCACUGGAUGUAUCAUGGUUCAUACUGAAUGCCUCUGCUGCUAGUGAGACUAUUAAUGUGAUCAUGGUAUUAGAGUUCAUUUGCAUUGAAGACAGGUUCUAUGAGAUUGUCCAGGUAACCAGUCAGUCUGAUGGCAGGCUGUGCACAGAUGUUCUGAGAUCAGCAUAUUCAGAGCCUCAGCAGCUGUUGAUUAUACCAGCAGGCACGCAGCAGGUUCAUCAUUCUACAUUAUCACACCAUCGUGCAGAGCUUUUUUCAUAACCCAGGUGCAGAAGAGGCCUGUGUGCAUUAUAGCAGCAAACAUGCCUCUUUUACAUCCAAGAGACGAGCUAAAGAUGGAGCUGAGAUGAGGACACAUCAAUUCUGAAUCCACAUUCAAAACGAUUAUCUACAGUUUGAAAUCUGCAUCACAUGCAACUUAAAACCUUGUUUAACCUGUAGAGUGGACACAGUCUGCCUCCUUGCUGGGUGAAGCCACCAUAGAACAGCACCCUCUGGUGUAGUAUAGGUCAUAAAUCCCGCUUCCUCCAGCAAUCCCUAUGGAGCUGUGGACAAACUUUAAAAAUUAUUUACACAGGAUAUAUUUUUUUCUCCGCCCUGGUUGCGAUGUUGACAAGUAGUUACAGUAAGACUGGUUUGUGUUCAAGUCCUCUUUUUUCUGUAUAGCUCCAUUUUUUAAAGUUAUUAGGGGUUCAUGUUUUCUAUGAUUGACACUUGAUACAGCCUAUGGGCGCACAAAGAUUGCAUAGCUCACCCGGGGGAUACGCUGUUUGAGCCGAGCGUCAUCACAGUGACUCUCCCGCCGAAUGUGUACAACGCUACUGUGCGAGUGGUGGUACCAGGAAGUGAAGAAAAUCCUGGAAAUGUACAUGAUGAGAGACACUGAUGUCAGUUUGUCUGUCUACCAUCUGCAGAGUGGGGUCUCUUGGUAAUGAAGAACCUGUCAGUGCUGCUCUUUGAAUUGUUUUGUGCUGCUUGUUGCUGGCAGUGUUCCUCUGUGCUCUCAUAGUUUCAUCAAGUCUUUAAUAAGACAUGAAAACAAGAUUGCAAAUGAAAAUUCAGUUUCUAAUGUUGCUGCAUCUUGUGAUCAUAUCUUUGCUUUUGUUGGUUAAAAGAUGAUAUGCAAUUAUACUGUGCAAGUAUUGCACAAUCUCAUUUAUGGUAUUUAUUAGGACACUGAACAAAAGGAGCAGGUCGAGAACAGAAUCUUCAUGACAAUUAUAGGCAGACCAAUGCAAAGAUGGUAUCAGACUGAACACCAUCUUGUAAUAUUAGACCCACUUAGUCUGAUCCAUCUUCAACCACAGAGUGUAACACAUUUUAAGUUCUAGUGGAGAGGAAGAACUUGAAAGAGAGACAGACAGACAAACAACAUGAAGCAAUUAAUGUUUUUUCCAGGCUCAUGAUCUGGCUUCAGACCUUCUUAACAAAUAACAAUCCUAGGAUUAUGGCUGGUUGUUUCAAAGAAGAGUUUUAGAAGAGGAUAGGGAGAAAACACAGAUUCAGGUACAGAAAAUGUCACAAUGGCAGAAAUCCAGACAUUCCUAUGAUGAGGUUUCAGUCAGUGAUUGUUACAUGUCUGCAUCCAGUAAUAGAAGGCUUUCUGCAUCAAGCCAGGCACCGAAUAAAUCAAAAGGGAGAGGGAGAGAUUUCUGAGUGGCAGCAACACGCUUUGAUAUGGUGUGAAGGAUCAAUGAGAGAGACGACAGUGCACAUCCUUGUGGGGAGCCAAUGGAGGAACAGGCCUAAUCAGACUGGGUGCUGUUCAUUCUUCUCUUUAUAUUUUGUUCAGUAAAGAAGUUUAGAGUCAAGCCAAUGAGGUUGUUACUUAAACUCUAUUGUUCAAAGAGCCUUUUUUGUUAAAAUUAGGGGUUGACCUUUAGCAAAGUUUUCUUUCUACAAAGGCACCAAAAACCAGGCUGUCACUUCAAAAUUACCACUUGUCUUCAGGAUCAGGUCAGAUUAUAGCAUUUACAGGGUUUUUAUUUUUAUUAUUUCAACUUGUGUUGUUCUACUUAUAAAUAAAAGCAGCCGAACAAUCUGAGCUGCUAACUUUAGCUCACUACCUGUCAAAAUACCCUUUAUCUCAUAGCAUGGAUUGGUAAAAAAAAUCAUUGAUGCGACAUGAAACGUUUGUAAAGUGGUCAGCCGGGAAGGUUUUAAUAUCCUGCUGAGAACCAGUACUGGUGAAUCAAUGUGCUAAAUAUGCGUAAACAUACAGUGGGAGAGCACUCGUGGACAUGCUCAUACACACAGAGCUCCAACAAUACAUCGCCACAACGACUUUUCAAUAAGUCUGUCUUAUUCCCUUCAUCAGGGGAACAGAGGCUGAGGGAGUUUUCCCCAUAGUUACACCUCCAUGCAUUACACAGGGCAGGAAAGAUAUCCUCUUUGAAACAGCAGCAAGUAUGAGACUUAUGAGAUUGUGAGAAGGUUAAAAGCUCCCACUGUCCCAUGAAUUGGACAAAUCAUACCAAGAAGACACCAAACAGGAUACACACAAAAGUUCCAACAAACAAAACAAGAAAGACCUGACAUGGCCAAACGUUACAACAGUGGAGGAGGUAUCUAGUUUGUGUUUGUUAGGAAUAAGCCAAAUUAGAGGCAGCACUAAAGAUAACAACAUACCGUUAUGUCUUCAUAGUUUUUAACCAUAAUGCACAGAAUUUCCUUGAAAAGCUCUAAACAAUUUGAGUUGGCUGUGAGUUGCUGGUUUGGCUGCAGUGCUCUAACCAUUGUGUAGGUUCUGCAACAUUCACCUGUAACUGUAAGGAUACAGAGCAGGAGCAGGAAGCUUCAUCCUUUGCUGUACUGGUGGUAGAGCUAACAUGAACCUGAAACCAAACCACUUUUCCUUUUAGCUGUCCUCUUGGUAAUGCUGCUAUGAAAAUAUACUUAGAUUGGUAAGAAAAAUAAAAUAAAUAAAAGAUUUACUUCAUUAAAAGUCUAAAACUUAUGAUUAUAGGUCAUAAUUGUCAGAAAAUUGCCACUAUGACCUUUUCAAUAUCAGCCAUCAUGUUUGUCUGUGGAGGAAGCUCGUCAAUCUGAUUUUCAUACAUCAAACAAAAACAAAUCAACUGUAUCUUUCAAUCUCUCCUCUCUUCACCUCUCCUCAUCCCCCCCACCCUCCCAUUCUCCUCUCCUCAACUCAGGUAGCAGUGCAGGUUUGCUUUGUUCAGGGCUCCUGACAGUAACUGUGUUCAUAUUGGAGAUACAAAUGUAGUUGCAGUUUCUGGAGGAAAAGGCCAUUAGUUUCAGUCAUUUUUGGGCCUUUUUAAACUUUAUAAUUUAGACUAAAAAAGUUUUUGUGACUGGGCACCAAAGCUGAAAGGAUGUUAUUAAUCUUUGAAGCCAGAGUGGUAAACUAUGAACUGAAACAGGGCUUGUCCUCUGACACUAUUAGGAGGCCAGUUUGAAGAUUCAGUGGAUGUUUACAGGAUUUUUAACUGUGUUUUUGCUCUUUUAUUUUGCUUCAAAUGAGCUGUUUAUAAAGUGUCCAUUUUAACAUUGUCAUCCCAUCGAACCAUAAAUAUAACAUUAAUUUGUCCAGGUUUGUAUUAUUUAUCAUUGAACACUGGAGUGUAAUCCAAUAUCUAAUCUAUCAAGCUCAUUUCUACAUAAUGGUUUGGUGUGUGUGUGUGUGUGUGUGUGUGUGUGUGUGUGUGUGUGUGUGUGUGUGUGUGUGUGUGUGUGUGUGUGUGUGUGUGUGUGUGUGUGCAGGGGUAUUGAUGUGUCAGUGUCUGUGGGUAUGGAUGUGGUGAUGUCAGUUCAAUUAAAAACCCAAUACAGCUGCAGCCUGGAUACACAUGCAUGUGGCCUUGUGUCUACCAGAGAGAGAGAGAGAAAGAGAGAGAGAGAGAGAGUGUCUUCAGAUUUACAUUUUGAGUGGAGCUCAUUUAUGAGGUGUCAGCGCCUAACGAUGGUGCCAGACUUGUUUAUUUCUCUAAACAACAGACAGGCAGAGAAAGAGGGAAAUUAAAUCCUUCAGAAUGCUGAGAGACACACAGACACACACACAGAGAGACAGACAGAUAGAUCUAUUUACUGCCGUUUAAAUACAGAGAUUAUGAAUUGUUAAUUAACCUUGGUUUCUUCCACCUAAUCGAUCUGCUCUGAUUGAGGGUCUUUCUGACUUUUCAAUUAUCACCAUCUAAUUUUGAAGAUUUUUUGGAAAAAAGCACCCAAACCUCUCGAAGUGUUCAAAUGCUCGUCUCUGGAGACCAAAAGUAAACACAGAUAUUAGCCCCAAUUAGUGAGCUUACUGCUGACUGCAAAGAGAUCUUCUUUCUGGGAAGCAUGCCAGUUGUCGAAGCUUUCUGCCUAUUUAUCUCCCCACAGCAGCUUGUUUGAAGCUAAUGAUUUAGUAUGUGGGAAGCUGGAGAGGUAGUCCACAGAAAACACUGACCUCAUUUGUAUAUCUAACACUAAAUCACAGCUCUUAUCUACAUGCUAGAGACAGGUUUGACCCUCCCAAAAAUCCACAACACGAAACAACUUUGCAAAUGACAAGCAAAGUAAAAAUCACCUUUUUUAAAGCACCAAAGCAGAAUCAGGAGAGUUAGGGAAAGUUUGACUCUAUAAGGAAUAAAGCUUCUGGUCCUCAUGGCCAAAUUUUUAACUUAACAGCAAAGCCAGCGUCGGCUCCAAACAACUAGAUGCAGACCCCAGACUGUACAGACACACUGACUUCACCAAUUUGUUUCUAAUUCAGUGUUUUGAAGCCUAUCGAAGGCAGUCCACAUCUUGGAAAAGUUAACUGAAUCUCCCUUUGGUCAACCCAGAAACUGACAAAUCAAGUGUUGUGGUUUUUGUGGGGCCCAAUUUUUAACUCGGACUGCUCUCAACUCAACUCAUCUUUAUUUAUAAAGCACUUUAAAACAACCACAGCUGAACAUAAUGUUGUACAUAAAUAGACAAAAAAUAGACUAGGAUGCAGAGCUUCUCAGUGCCAUGACAGCCCUGCAGGAAACCCUGUGCCUCCUACAUCAAAUAGUACCUGAAGAAAUGUUCUCUUUUCGUACACAAAUCAAUACAAUAAAAAAUAGUUUCCGCUGCAGCCUUCUCACUGUACACAAUAAUCUUGUGUCUAUAAACUCUGUAAAUUAGUUUUUAAAUUCCAUCUUAUUUAUGUUUUUGUGCAAAUAAGUGCAAAAGUGAGUUAUUCAUAUCUGGAUAAAUUUGCAUGCAGUCUAUGAAGCUACAAGCACUGUGAGAAAGGCAAAAAGUGUCCGUCUUCAGAGCAUGAACUCAAAGCUCCCUACAAUAAUACUGUUUGCAUCAGUGAAAUGUUGCUGUGAUUAUCCAGACGAGAUGCUCAAAGUUAUGACAGCUUUGCUUCAGCUCAGAAAACAAAUUAUUUCCCAUUAUAAAAAGUAUCUGUGUUUAAUUAUUCACCACUGUGGUCUGUUGGAAUGAACACUUGAAGCUGCACAUCCACCGCGGUUUAUUUGACCCACACUGGUAUCUCUCUGGGCUGACUUAAAAACCAUAAAGUUGAGGGGGCUUUGAAGUGAUGGUAUAACUUCAUCAGUAUUUUGUUAGAAAGGCUUCAAAGUCUUGCCAACAUCCUGGAAGAAGACUGGAAGACUGAUAAAUGUGUUGCACAUGUAAAACAUGAGCCUCAUGCAGACUCUAGAGACCUGAAGAAAUUAACAGUCAAAACUUCAAACUAAACAGACUAAUUCAAUUCAAAUGAAUAAAUGCAGAUGGUGUGGUUCACUCAAGGAUUAUUUGGCUUUUGCACACUCUUAACCUUUGCAGUUUAGCAAGAAAGACAGCAUCUCGUUCAAACAUCAUGCAGAACAGGUAAAAUGCACCACAAACUGUGCUGUAGAGCAGAUCAGCCUUUGCAAACAUUUAAAUGAGCCAUUAUGAAUUUAUUUGGAGCAAAAUAUCCAAAUAAAUCUCAUUAGACAAGGCAGUUUGUCAAGUUAAAUUGCCUGAUGGGGCUACAACCAAAGCUCAACUCAACUGUGCAUGUAAACAAAUUGAGUCAUGACUUGUAUCCAUAAUCAGAUGCACAACAAGAGCAAACUGCUCAGAAAUCUGCAGAAGAACACAGUGAAUGCAAACUGCUUUAUGAACUGAGCCCUGAGAUGAAGCAGAUAGUGAGGGUGUAUGAUGAACAACUCUUGGUUCAGUCUUAAUCAAUCACGUACGACCCAUCCUUUUAAGAAGAAUAAAUCUCAAACACCUCUGGAUCACAUUUUGUCAUCAUCAUGUGUUUUUUUUGAGUAAGUCUACCUAACUUUUUGUCCUCAAACAUGUCAUCUCAUUGUGUGUCUUUGUUUUGUAUUGUUUGAAUAUGGUAUUUGUGUAAUUAGUGUAGCUAUCACUCUGUGAACAUGUUCAGUCAGACCGAGUCCCUUAACUGGGUAUUGUUAAAUAUUUCACCUUAUCAGUGUUCACUCUGACACUGUCCACUUAAGCUGCAGAGGCUGUACCAAAUUGCUGAUUUUACAACCUCUAAUAGUCAUUUUGUCCUGCUUUAUUUUCUCUGCACACUGAGAAUGAAUGUGUAUCUAAAACCCAUCGACAGUGUGUAUGUGUGUGGGGGGAUAGAAUAUGAAUAACCCAUGAGGCAGCUCUCUCCCCCUCGCUGCCAGAAGUCAAUCCCUGUAACAGGGCCAAGCUCUAAUAGCCUCCUAUUGAUCUGCUGAGAGCCGAUGAGUACGCCUCUGAACACUUGUUCCUACCUGCUCCCUUAACACCUCCCUGGGCUCUGAUAGCAGGAACCAAACACCAAAGACACAGGAAGAGCAGUGUGAAGGACACACCCUCACCCAUUCACACCCAAACACACACACACACACACACACACACACACACACACACACACACACACACACACACACACACACACACACACACACACACACACACACACACACACUUAUAGUGGAGGAUGGUGGAGAAGGAUAAGGUUUCAGGUUGGGUGAUGGGUUUUCAGAAUAAAAGGCACUCUGCUUCACACUGUUACAGAGCAGCUUCUGCCAGUGCUGUAGGGGGAAAUCAACCUGGACUCAGCGCAGUCAGCAUGUUUGUGAUUAAAUCAGUUUAAAACAUGAUCAUGGUUAAACAACUACCACAGUUAACUGCAUCUUAGAUGAGCCCUUUCAACAACAAAAAAAUGAAGCACUAAAGGUUUUUUUAUUAUUAUUAUUUAAUGUAUGCACUCACUAAAAUAAAGGUUUUUAAUUUUUGAGCAUUAAUAUGGCACAGACUAGCUGCAGGCAUAGAUGUUUCCCUCUGGUCACAAGUGUGCCCUCCUAGAUGCCUCUAAAUACUGCAUUCUGACCUUUUUACCAGUAAAAGGAUAUCAAAUAUAGGUGGUUUAUCCAAAUCCACAUCACCAAGAGCGUUGUGUUAUUCAAUAAAAGAUGCAGUUAUAUCACAGUAAAUGCUCCUCUAAUGUAAACCAGUCUCACUCUAAUCUUUACCUGACAUCCACUUUUAACCAUUUUUUCUUAAAAUUGAACAAAAGGAAGCCAGAGGGCAGCAGCCCAACCCCCUGCAAAGAUCAACUCAAUCCCAAUGCCAUGAAUGAUUUGGGACAGAGAAAAGAGCUGAGGGUGUUUGAUUCUGGCACUGUAAUAACCAGACGCUGGAAGUGGAGAAAAGAGCAGCACCCACACAAAGUCAAAUUUCAUUUGAGUAAACUUUAAAAAAUAAAGGCAGUACAUACAGCCCACACUGCGUGAGCAAACGACUCGUGAAUGCUAAUGAAACAGUAGUGAGCCUUUCACACGAAACACUGAAGACACCAGUGUGCAGAUAAGGUGACAAAGUUUUAAUUAAGAGGAGAGAAAAGUGUUGACUGUCUAUUGGUAGCUGUAUACUGGGUAUCAUCAUCAGUACUGAGCUGAAUACAGAGACACGAAGUCAAACAUGUUUACUCUAUCAGCCUCGACACAUAGACUUCACAGUUCAUUCCACUUGAAUUCUGUGUUGACUCCAACCACAGCAGAACCACAUCUUGUCUGUCCCUGAGGCCUGCUGCUGUUCACUGCCACUGUUAGUCAAUAUUGGCUCAGUCUCCACAAAGCUGCAGGACCAAACUCAAAAUCCAUGCCCUCCAGUGUGGGAUGGAAAUGUGGCAGUGGGGUGAGAAGUCUCUGAAAAGCAUUGCACAAGUAAGAGGAAACAGAGGAGGUGCAAAAACAAAACACACAAACAACUUCACACACACGCACGCGCAUGCUCUCUGUCUCACACACACACACACACCUACAGCUGACCUGAGGGCACCGAGGUUGUAUGAGUCGCACAGGCUUGUAAAAAGACACACAAAGCACACACUGCAUAUACACAGGUUAAGCAAACACAAAACAAAACCCCGAGGUGAACCUGGGGCACAUCUCAUGAAGCACAAGUCUGUUUGCGUCUUACUGUGUCAGCCUCAAACUUUAACAGCUCAGAGAAGAUCACACAGAGCUCACUCUGAAGAAACGCUCUCACACUGUUAAUCAUUUCAUCUGCUGCAGACUAGAGGAUUCUUCACUACAGAUGACAUCAGCUCUUUGUGUCGAGGUGUUUUCAGCCAAAGAUUUAGAAGAUUAUCAUUUCAACCUCCAACAUCUGAUCCAGUCCUAAUUUAGGUGGCUUUUAUUGUUGUAAUAAUGUGUCACAAUAACAUAAAAGAAAAGCAACACUGAUCAGAUGACGAUCAGCUGAUGUCCAUCUGAUCAGGUCCAAGCUCUUUAGUUCUCAGCUUCUCUUGCAAAGAUCUCUCGAACAGCAUUUUCUCAACAAGUAUACUGAGGUAUCUUCUGUGUUUUGUUAACUCCUUUCUCCAGCCUCAAAGUCCUUCUUCAGGUCCAACAGCUGACUCAUGCAUGAUGGACCGAGUAGGCCCACUACAUGCCUCAGUUUUUAUGUUUCAGUGGAAAGUUGAAGCCGAUGUGGUUUUUGGUACUGUUAAUUGUACCCCAAGUAACUCCAAUUCUUACUUUGUUGAAGGGCUUAUACACAUGUGCAAAGACUGACCAAAAUCAGUUACUGCAGUCUGAAGGUCAGUUCACACAGCAGGAAUGUGGAGUCACACAUCAGACUGAUAGAUCAGCAUUAAGACAAAUCUCUUAAACAGAUGUCCCAGAGGCUGGAAAUUCCCCAACCACAGGCAUGUCCUGAGACGUUUAACCCACAUCUCAUGAUUCCUUUAUAUUUUGGCUGCACUCACAGCUUGUGUAUUACCUGAGGGUUCAGAAUAUAGUUUCUGCUGAUUCGCUUUCCACCCAAGUCAUUACAUCUAGGUUUGUGUUCUGGUUUUAUAAUCAUGUGAUUUCAUGUCAGCUCAUGCAGCAAAUGUCAAAGUGGAUUCAGUCUGUGCUACACAUUCAUCUCUACACGUCAGACUGAGGUAGAUCACCUUUUGGGAUGAUGAGCCAAGAUGAGCUGCUAGUUUCAACAUGAUUUAGGGCAUGGAAGUACGAUGUGGCCCUUAACCUUUUUUUUUUUUUGUUGUCGGUUCCACAUAAGAGUCUUUCAGAGUGAAAUAAGCUAAAAAAAACUUAAUUGUUUUCAAAGGGAAAUACAAUGAGUGUAGGUUUGUUGAGGUUAGAGCUUCUUAGCAACAUGAAAUAAGAGAAUAUAUGUGUUUGCUGUUGCUUAAAUUUAUUAUCCACCCACAAAAGAACGUACAGUGAUAAAAAUGGCUUUAGGAAAAGCAGUUUGACUGAACGAAAAAAAUGUAUUAUUGUCAUAAAUUGAUUCAAUGUUAUUUUGUUGUUCCUUCCCAAAAAAUAUAAAGAUGUGAAGUGCUCUGUUUACAGUCUGAGGGGACGUCAGUGAGAUUAAAACCAACAUAAAUAUACAUAAAUAUCAGCCUGAGAUAUCAGAUGUUUCAGGUGAGACAUGGAGGAGGGUUUGUUUGACCACUGCACAUUCAAAACUUAGAGGGUUUCACACUUCUACUGGAUCUGCAAGCAUGCUUACAGCAAAACUUUGCAGCCAUCAGUGUGUUUUUUAAAAAUAGCAAUAAAGAUAUUUUUUAACUACUUUAUGCCAGAAUGUGAAGACAGAUUCCCAUCCUCUCAUCACGAGGUGGUUCUCAGGAAUUAAUGGCUGUGUUCCACUUAAUAGGUUGUUUACCCAUUAUUAUCAUUAAUGAUUAUGCGUUAUACUGCAGGAAUCACACAGUAUGGAUGAUGGAUGGAUGGAUGGAUUGAUUAUGUAUUACAUUGUCAAAGCUAACAGUCGCGUGUGUGUGUGUGUUGUUCCAGGUGAAUGACCGGUUGGACAGGUACUGCUGUGGUUUCACACCUGAUCCCUCAGAGCUCUGUGUUGAGAACCUGCUGCACCACAAGUGUGCCUAUACCAAGGACCUGCUGCUGGUUCACAUCCUGGUAUGGAUCACUGGAUGAACUCAUGUUGUAUGACCCAGACUGUAAACUUUAAACUCAGACUAUUCUCCUCACAAGAUCUUUGAGGUGUUUCUUUUAAUUUACAGAGUUUAAAGUUAACCGAUCCAUGCUUUGACUGAUGACUUCAGAAAGAAACAGACAGAAAACAGCUUUUCCGUACACUGAGCCAAAUUUCAGUUUGAAGUAAGAACUUUAAAUGUUACCGUUUUAUCAUCAGAGACAUAUCUGUGGCAGAGGAGCAGUAAUAUGAAGGAGGUUUAUUGUUUAUUUGUAAUCAACAACAGAUCAUCUGAACCCGAAGAAGGAAAUCAUAUAUUUAUAUUUCAGAGAAUGAAGUUGUAAUGUUAUGAGAAUGAAGUUGUGAGAAAUUAAAGUCAUAAUAAGUCAAGGAUAGAGUCAUAAUCUUAUGAGAAUUAAGUUGUAGUGAAGAGCUGUCUUUACCAAAAAGGGAACAAAGAGUGUUAUGUUCAAUGAAGGAACAGCUCCCAGAUUCACCUUCCUUCUCAUUUUAAGAAGAGGGCUUUUUUCUCAUGACAUAAAGACACUUUUCUGCAAGUCUAUUUUUAAUUUAAUGUGGUCCUCAUAACCCAGUGGCAUGAUAUGUUAUGUGAAUAUCUGUUCAUUUGUUUAUUGGGGAAGUAUAUAUCGUUAGGUUUAUUAAGGUUCAGUGUGUAGAAAUUUUCAAUGAGAUUUAGCUGUCAGAUUCAAGCAGAAACACCCCUACUGCUCAUCCCCGUGGCUGGUGAAGUGAUGGUGGCCUUUGAGGACAAGAUGCUCCUGUAAAACAGGAAGAGUACAAUCCUCUAUUUGACAAGACUUUAGCAUCCAAAACAUUAGUGAAAACAAAUUCAUUCACUCUUGUCUUCAAUUCUUCUCAGCCCUCCAGCUGAUGCAGUUUGAACAUCCACUUACUAAAUACAAAAUCUGGCACAUCACUAGCUUGUUGUUCUUUGCUACCAUAGAAACAUGGCAGUGUAAGAUGGCAGCCUCUACACACACACACACACACACACAUGCACACACUGAAACAAGGAGGUAUGUCCGGCCUCCUACCGUUUCUCUUUUCUUAAUGCUGGAAAAUCCCUUUAACAGCUUUGAGGGGAAGAGAGUGACCAGCAAUCCCAGCAAUCCCAGCAAUCCUCCAAAUGAUAGAUUGUGGCUGCCAGUCUUAUGCAAAGAAGCACAAAUUAGAAAAGCUUUUUUUUAUUCAGGCCCUGAUAUUGUCUGUGUGUGGGAAACUCUGUCAAAACUUUAUUCAUCAACUCUGAGUAAAUGAGGAAGCAUAUCUGCUGCCAUGUUUGUUUAUGGAGCACAACAUUUUUGUUGCUGUUCUACCAUGGCAACGCAGGAGGAUGCAUCUAGGUAUAAUGGCACCAAAGAAGCUUGCAGAAGUCUUAAAGUCUGUGUUUUCUUAGAUAGAAAAUAUUAGAAAAUGAACUCUCAGCUGGGCAUCUGUUCACACCUUAUGCUACAUGUGAUUUAUAUUGUUCUGCACAGCUUGUAAAAAUAGACAAAGCUGCAGUGUAAAAAGUACAGCAGGAGUUCAUCUUCCAUACUGCAGAUAAUUUAAAGAUUCAAACUUACCAUUUUUUCAUUUGCUCUGGACUUGCGUACUCUGUACUGAAUCACAGCAGGACUAAUAUCCCUAAAUAGUGGAGCAGAUAAGUGACAUUAUCGUUCAGUUAGUGAUACAAGCAUGAAAACUGGCAUGAGAUUUCUUCAUGUGUCACUUUAGUCCCCGUGUGCCUUCUUUUUACAUCUGUAUUCGCAAGUCUACUCAGAAGACUCCUACUGCAGUUUUAAAAGUACCCACUGCAUGUGUGUGUGUGUGUGUGUGUGUGUGUGUGUGUGUGUGUGUGUGUGUGUGUGUGUGUGUGUGUGUGUGUGUGUGUGUGUUCAGGUGAGGAAGGCAGAUCCCUCCAGACUGGUGUUCAUUGAUAAUGCCGGUCGGCCGGAGCAGUCCAGUGACAACCUGAACUUCAGGCUGGUGGAGGGCAUUGAUGAGUGAGUACAGGGCUCUGUUUUAGGAGGAUGUAAAUGUGAGUUUUUUUCUUGUCUGGCUCUGGCACUCGGCUCCAUAAAUUACAGCACACAGUGUCAGAAACAUUUCAGGCUCACAGCAGGCACAAACAGUGUUGCCAGGAAAAUUUGAGGAGAAAAUAAAACACAUCUAACGGUGUAUUUCCCCCGUGAGCUGCUUUCAAAUCAGCAGCACAGAAACGUCUGCUGCAAGGUUGUUAUGGUUUUGUGACUCUGUCUGUCAGGUUAGAUGAGAGUGGGUUCAAUUAGGAGGCUGCUCAGUAUGUUAAAUAAAUCAAGUCUGGUGGAAAUACCCAUUUCGUUGUCACUUAGAAAUUCCUUAGCUGUUUCACAAGUGGUUAAAGUAUCCUAAGCAAAGACAGAAAAACUUUUUUUAUCACUGAGUUAUAUAUUGCUAAUAAAAGGACAGACUUAUUCCAAUUUUUCUCCUCAAACAACAUUCAGAGAGUGUAUUUCUGAGCUUGUAUUUUAAUUGAACAGUCUUUAAAUCGGAUUUAACUGAACCCAAACAGGCACGCUGAUAAGAAUGAUGGAUGGGAUCAUUUAAAAGUAUCUGAGUCAUGGUGCCCAGUGAAGUAAAGGCUUUGAAUACUUUCAGCAAACUGUACUUUUUCUCUGCAGAACAGGCUGCCAGGUCUCAUAAGUUAUUUCAGGCAUCCAGUGUUCAGAAAGUGUUCUUUCAUAGACUAUAACAGGUCUCUGCAGAGUGGAGUUCUUCGGAGGCUUGCAUAGACACAAUAGACUAAUGGGGGGGAGUCAACAAUGAUCUCUUUGAAGAGUAAUCUCCAUAUGGUUGAGGACUUUAAACAAGGCUAAGAUUUCCUGGCCAUGAAGUAUUUGUUAUUCACAGGCUGAGUAGGAUUUGGCAACCGUAUAGCAAUUAAUUAAUCCAUAGAAAUAAACAUCUAAAUAUUGGAAGAGGACUAGAAUAUGGGACCUUUAAUUUUGCUCUAAAGAUGCGCUUUUCUGCAUGAGUGUGUAUGUGGUUCACAGUGCUUCUGCAGCCAGCCCCAAGUGGACACACAGAGAACUGUAGUUUUAAAAAUACUACGUUAGACCAGAGGUUGCAAUUUGGCCAGAUCUAUGACUAGAGAGCACCACCUGCUGGACAAUCUGUGUAUAGCUAACAAAUGAACAUCAACUGGACAUACACAAGCUCCCCAACAUCAAAGAACAUUAGUUUAAGUGAAUAAUGAACUUUGAAAUUUUCAAAAUGCUUUUUACAUAAUCUAUUAACUUAAAAUGAAAUGACAUGACAACCCUGUAAAGCCUGUACAACUGAAAUUUAAGUUUCUUAUUGAAAGCCCAACCCUUCAUUAAAAUUGUUUCUGUAAUCAGGUUUCCAGAGAGGGCGGUGUCGGUGCUGCGCUCAGGCUGUCUAGAGGAUCUUCUUCUUCACUCCCUUUACACAGACUGGGAGUUCUGGGACAGCCAAGGAGGAGCAAGCGGACUCAGGCCUCUUAUCCAAACUGUGGAGCACAGAGGAAAGAUUCUCCUUCAGCACAUCAGGGACAAAAAACUACGGCUGGAGAGAGACCUUUGAGGACCUCAGUGGAAGACCCCUAAUUGUCUCAGGGAUGGGGUCGGUGUAUUUGUUUUUUUUACAAAGAGGGCAGGGGUACGAAACAUACCACAGCUGUAUGACUUUAGGUACAUCUGUCCCAUUAGAUUCACAAGCAUUAAGCCUGAUAACGAUGGUGUUUAGAAACAAGCACUAAAACAUUACUUGUGAGUUCUUAGUCAGCUAACCAACUAGCUACCUGUAGCACAUUGCAGGUCUUCUCUGGUGGAUGAUAGCUCCUCUUGUAGUCUGACAGAUGGAAAUUCAGCCCAUCAGUCUAAAGGUAAAAAGUCAGAUGGUAGUCAGAAUUAUGUAUAACUUGUUUAACACAGCCAAACACAGGGUCACUGAGUCUGUGGGCAAAUGGUCUGCUGAGUGUGGCUAGCAUUAGCAGAGCUGUGCUUGUUUAUAGUAGUACAACAGAGUAGCAUUAAUCAACCAGCUUUCUUACCUAUCAAUCAGCUCUGUCAGAUACUUGAUUCUAAAAGGCAUGAGCAACACCAGAUCGUACUUCUUUAAUUUAACCUGAGAGAAUAGAACUCAUAGCACAAUAGUAUCAAUAUUAAUGUAAUAUAUUUAAAGGUAGAAAAAUAUUGAUAUGACAUAAUGUGACAUGAAUGAGGUCACUUUUUUUUUUACAAUCAGAAGAACCAUCCAUUCAAUAGUUUUAUUUUGUUGUUAUUAAUAAAUGCUAUUGUUAUUGCUAUUGUUAUUAAUGGAGUUGAUCUCUGGCAUCUUGUUCAGUGUUGCCCCACUAAGCACUGACUGUAAUUCUGUGUAGAACCGUAUACUGUUAGCUGGCAUGGACCAGCAGACAAUCCCACAUUAGACUUAGCUUACAAACUCACGUUGGACCCACUUUUUAGCUCAGUAAGUACCCGCAUGGACCCCACAUGUAAAUGUUGCUUUCAUCUGAGACCGCUAUCUCUAUAAACACCAGUCUGAGAUGGAGACUAACAAUUUAGCCUCAUAGUCAAUAGGCAGUGUUGUUCUGGAUUUGUACUUGGCAUCCCUUUUGCUGUUGGUAAUAUUUCAUUAUAUUAUGAGUUACCAUUAUUAAUGUUGAGAAACUUAUGCUUAGAAGAGAAACAGACAUGUGAUCAUAACUAAAUACUACAAUUUAGAAACUAAAACAUAACCGCCCAGCAUCAAAGUGCACUCAGAGGACAAAGAGAUCAAACUGAAGCCUGAAGCCAAUCAGUGUGCUGUGAGAAUUUAAACUGGCAGGAUGCAACACUUAACACAGAUGGAUUCAUGUUUUAAGUGUGUAAUUCAUGCUGAUAGUUUGAUCGUCUGCAUUAAGUAACAGAAACCCUGUAGCUCUGACUGUUGAGAGGCUCAUCACUUCAAACAAGUUUUUCACCCGAACAUAUCUAUAAAAGUUUCCUUACAUGAGAGAAAAAUAUGACCAACAAACAGUCUACUGGCGCUGGUUUUUCAUAAGAGUUUAGUGACAGAAACAGGAUCUGUUCAUAUUUUACAGCCAGCCAACAGCAGAUCGAGGGAUUGAUUCAGCUGAAUGUCUGUUUUUAGGAGAUAAGCUUUUCUCCUUUUUAACUAAGGGAUUAAAAAUGGCUGUCAGCAAAUAGCUUCUGGACUGGAUCCUGGAAGCCUUUUGAUAAAAAUGGACUAUAUAUGUGUGUGAGUGUGUGCAUGUGUGCAUGUGUACUCUGUCUAUUUCUUUCACAGUGGUUGUCCCUGCACGUUGUUGAGAUGCACAGCAGGGUGGAAGCAGAGGAUGAAAGAAGAGGGAUGAAUAUGGAUGGAAAUUAAAUGUCAUUAGGAGAGGACAAAGGCACUCGUUUCUGACGCUGGAGUGUCAAAGAACACUGCUGGGUCUUAUGAGAAGCUCAGAUGAUAUCACUUGAAGCAGUUCUAACUUAUAUUUCCAGUCAUUCUGUCAGCUCCUGGAUUACUGUCAUUUUCUGUGGCCUCUUUUUCAUCACUAAAUAAAUGUCUCUAAUUAGAAAUGGUUCAAAUGUGCAAUCCUGUUG